AUGUCGAGGUGUGGUUUAGUUUACAGUGCUGGCCGGGAAAUCCCUAUGGUCCCAAGGGGCCUGGAAGUCUGUCCUGGGCUGGGCUAGGCUGUUCUAGGCUGGGCUAGGCUGUUCUAGGCUGUUCUAGGCUGUUCUAGGCUGUGCUAGGCUGUUCUAGGCUGUGCUAGGCUGUUCUAGGCUAGGCUGUGCUAGGCUGUUCUAGGCCGUGCUAGGCUGUUCUAGGCUGUACUAUGCUGGGCUAGGCUGUGCUAGGCUGUACUAGGCUGUGAUAGGCUGUACUAGGCUGUGCUAGGCUGUUAUAGGCUGUGCUAGGCUGUAUUAGGCUGUUCUAGGCUGUGCUAGGCUGUUCUAGGCUGUGCUAGGCUGUUCUAGGCUGUGCUAGGCCGCACUCUACUGAUUAACCAGAGUUAUUUAGGGAGGAAGAUAGUGACCUCACCUGAGUAGGCCUUAUAAAACCCAGGCACUGCCUGCCAGUGUGACUAUUACAUCUGACUGCCUGGUACACUAACACCCACCUGGGUGAUAACAACGGGACAAAUGGAUUCCUCCUUCAACGUGACAAUAGUGGCGUUGCAGUGAUAAAGAGAGAGGAAGAAGAGAGAGGAUUGUCUGGCAGCAUGUUGGAAGAUGGUCAAGGGAAUGGAAGGUUUCACUGCAGUCUCAGUAUGCCAGACUAUUGUGUCAAGCAUACAUCAGAUUGUAUUGAGAGGGAGAAUGGUAUACACAAUAAAAGCUUUGAGUGAUAUAAAGAUCUGUGCCCAGACACUCAUGUCGAAAACAAAAACAAAUCUUUGGAACCUGGAGGUAGCAUUGAGAAGACUUAAUCGCAACUUUAGUGGCGUGUAGAGAGGAUGACAACAUCAUCCAUCUGGCUAAAGACUGUGGGCCAAGUGCCUGCCUAAUGAGGCUGAAAAACAGUGACUCCCAUUGGCUAAGGUGCUAUCAGACCCAGUCAUCCACCUGGCCUGGUGUGCCUGAUGAACGCAACCUCCAGGCACUCUCACUGCUAACAAGGGAGCAGUGGUGGAAAAAGUACCCAAUUGUCAUACUUGAGUAAAAGUCAAGAUACCUUAAUAGAAAAUUACUCAAGUAAAAGUGAAAGUCACCCAGUAAAAUACUACUAGAGUAAAAGUCUAAAAGUAUUUGGUUUUAAAUAUACUUAAGUAUCAAAAGUAAAUGUAGUUGCUAAAAUAUACUUAAGUAUCAAAAUUCCUUAUAUUAAGCAAACCAGACAGCACCAUUUUAUUUUAUUUCCUUUAAUGUACCAGGGGCACGCUCCAACAUUCAGACAUCCUUUACAUUUAGCCAGGGGCACGCUCCAACACUCAGACAUCCUUUACAUUUAGCCAGGGGCACACUCCAACACUCAGACAUAGUUUACAGAUAGCCAGGGGCACGCUCCAACACUCAGACAUCCUUUAUAUUUAGCCAGGGGCCACGCUCCAACACUCAGACAUACUUUACAGAUAGCCAGGGGCACGCUCCAACACUCAGACAUCCUUUAUAUUUAGCCAGGGGCACGCUCCAACACUCAGACAUCCUUUACAUUUAGCCAGGGGCACGCUCCAACAUCAGACAUCCUUUACAUUUAGCCAGGGGCCACGCUCCAACACUCAGACAUACUUUACAGAUAGCCAGGGGCCACGCUCCAACACUCAGACAUAAUUUACAUUUAGCCAGGGGCCACGCUCCAACACUCAGACAUAAUUUACAUUUAGCCAGGGGGCACGCUCCAACACUCAGACAUAGUUUACAGAUAGCCAGGGGCCACGCUCCAACACUCAGACAUAAUUUACAUUUAGCCAGGGGCCACGCUCCAACACUCAGACAUAAUUUACAUUUAGCCAGGGGGCACGCUCCAACACUCAGACAUAGUUUACAGAUAGCCAGGGGCCACGCUCCAACACUCAGACAUACUUUACAUUUAGCCAGGGGGCACGCUCCAACACUCAGACAUAGUUUACAGAUAGCCAGGGGCCACGCUCCAACACUCAGACAUAGUUUACAGAUAGCCAGGGGCACUCUCCAACACUCAGACAUAAUUUACAUUUAGCCAGGGGCCACGCUCCAACACUCAGACAUAAUUUACAUUUAGCCAGGGGCCACGCUCCAACGCUCAGACAUAAUUAAAAUUUAGCCUGGGGCACGCUCCAACACUCAGACAUAGUUUACAGAUAGCCAGGGGCACGCUCCAACACUCAGACAUAAUUUACAUUUAGCCAGGGGCCACGCUCCAACACUCAGACAUAAUUUACAUUUAGCCAGGGGCACGCUCCAACACUCAGACAUCCUUUACAUUUAGCCAGGGGCCACGCUCCAAUACUCAGACAUCCUUUACAUUUAGCCAGGGGCCACGCUCCAACACUCAGACAUACUUUACAUUUAGCCAGGGGGCACGCUCCAACACUCAGACAUAGUUUACAGAUAGCCAGGGGCCACGCUCCAACACUCAGACAUAGUUUACAUUUAGCCAGGGGCCACGCUCCAACACUCAGAUAUCAUUUACAUUUAGCCAGGGGGCACGCUCCAACACUCAGACAUAGUUUACAGAUAGCCAGUGGCACGCUCCAAUACUCAGACAUAAUUUACAUUUAGCCAGGGGCCACGCUCCAACACUCAGACAUCAUUUACAGAUAGCCAGGGGCCACGCUACAACACUCAGACAUCAUUUACAUUUAGCCAGGGGCCACGCUCCAACACUCAGACAUAGUUUACAGAUAGCCAGGGGCACGCUCCAAUACUCAGACAUCCUUUACAUUUAGCCAGGGGCCACGCUCCAACACUCAGACAUCAUUUACAUUUAGCCAAGGGGCACACUCCAACACUCAGACAUAAUUUACAAACAAAGCAUGUGUGUUUAGUGAGUCUGCCAGAUCAGAGGCAGUAGGGAUGACCAGGGAUGUUCUCUUGAUAAGUGCAUGAAUUGGACCAUUUUUCUGUCCUGCUAAGCCUUCAAAAUGUAACGAGUACUUUUGGGUGUCAGGGAACAUUUAGUAAAAAGUACAUUAUUUUCUUUAGGAAUGUAGUGAAGUAGAAGUAGAAGUAGUCAAAAUAUAAAUAGUAAAGUACACAUACCCAAAAGAAAGUACUUAGGUAGUACUUUAAAGUAUUUUUACUUAUGUACAUUACACCACUGCAAGGGAGAUGCAUUAUGUUACAAAUGGUAGUGUGGUAAUCUAGUUCCCAGACACUUCUGCCCAAUGCUUUGCCCAAUAGCCUGUGGACGAGGUUUGUAGUGUGGUAACACUUUACUGAAAGCCAACCGGUUUAAUGUAUUUCAGACUUGUCAUUAACAUGAAUGACCCUUUUAUAAUGUCUUAUAUUCAUCUGAUAAUGAUCCUGACUAUAUAUCGGCCAUUUUGAGUCAGUUGAAAAUGUCCUACAUAGAGAGAAACAACAUAUUACAAGCCUUAUUAUAAGACAUUAUAAUGGCUCAUACAGGCUUAUAACAAGUUAUAAAGGAUUAUAGCUGAAAGGCUUUAAGUAAGUCCUACUGGUUCUUUUACAGUAUGUUUAUAUGCUAUAGUUGUUUGUGUUUAUACAGAGUCCGUCUAUGUAUGAAGCUGUACAUCUAUGGGUGUGCACCUGUACUGACAUACAUGUGUCUGUGUGCCUGGCACUGCAUACAGUGCCUUUGGAAAGUAUUCAGACCCCUUCACUUUUUCCACAUUUUGUUAGGUUACAGCCUUAUUCUAAAAUUGAUUACAUUGUUUUUUUCCCUCAUCAAUCUACACACAAUACCCCAUAAUGAUGAAACAAAAACAGUUUUUUGCUAAUUUAUAUAUUUUUUAAAAUAAUGGAAAUAUUACAUUUACACAAGUGUUCAGACCCUUUACUCAGUACUUUGUUGAAGCACCUUUGGCAGCGAUUACAGCCUAAAGUCUUCUUGGGGGUGACACUACAAGCUUGGCACAGCUGUAUUUGGGGAGUUUCUCCCAUUCUUCUCUGCAGAUCCUCUCAAACUCUGUCAGGUUGGAUGGGGAGCGUUGCUGCACAGCUAUUUUCAGGUCUCUCCAAAGAUGUUCGAUCGGGUUCAAGUCUGGGCUCUGGCUGGGCCACUCAAGGACAUUCAGAGACUUGUCCCGAAGCCACUCCUGCGUUGUAUAGCUGUGUGCUUAGGGUCGUUGUCCUGUUGGAAGGUGAACCUUCGCCCCCCCAGUCUGAGGUCCUGAGCACUCUGGAGCAGGUUUUAAUCAAGGAUCUCUGUACUUUGCUCCGUUCAUCUUUGCCUUGAUCCUGACUAGUCUCCCAGUCCCUGCCACUGAAAAACAUCCCCACAGCAUAUGAUGCUGCCACCACCAUGCUUCACUGUAGGGGUGGUGCCAGGUUUCCUCCAGACGUGACGAUUGGCAUUCAGACCAAAGAGUUCAAUCUUGGUUUCAUCAGACCAGAGAAUCUUGUUUCACAUGGUCUUUGUCUUUAGGUGCCUUUUGGCAAACUCCAAGCAGGCUGUCAUGUGCCUUUUACUGAGGAGUGGCUUCCGUCUGGCCACUCUACCAUAAAGGCCUGAUUCGUGGAGUGAUGCAGAUAUAGUUGUCCUUCUGGAAGGUUCUCCCAUCUCCACAGAGGAACUCUAGAGCUCUAUCAGAGUGACCAUUGGGUUCUUGGUUACCUCCCUGUCAAAAGGCCCUUCACCCCCGAUUGCUCAGUUUGGCCGGGCAGCCAGCUCUAGGAAGAGUCUUGGUGGUUCCAAACUUCUUCCAUUUAAGAAUAAUGGAGGCUACUGUGUUCUUGGGGACCUUCAAUGCUGCAGACAUUUUUUGGUACCCUUCCCCAGAUCUGUGCCUCGACACAAUCCUGUCUCUGAGCUCUACGGACAAUUCCUUCGAACUCAUGGCUUGGUUUUUGCUCUGACAUCCACUGUCAACUGUGGGACCUUAUAUAGACAGGUGUGUGCCUUUCCAAAUCCUGUCCAUUCAAUUGAAUUUACCACAGGUGUACUCCAAUCAAGUUGUAGAAACAUCUCAAGGAUGAUCAAUGGAAACAGGAUGCACCUGAGCUUAAUUUCGAUCUCAUUGCAAAGAGUCUAAGGUAUUUUUUAUUUUUAUUUUAUUUUUGCAAAAAGUUAUCAAAAUCUGUUUUUGCUUUGUCAUUAUGGGUUAUUGUGUGUAGAUUGCUGAGGAUUUAUUUAUUUUUAAUCCAUUUUAGAAUAAGGCAGUAACGUAACAAAAUGUGGAAAAAGUCAAGGGGUCUGAAUACUUUCCGAAGGCAAUGUAGGUGCUUUCGGCGGCUUGGGCUGUGCAAUUUGGUGGAGGUUUAUGGCUGUGUGGAACCAGGACACGCUGCCUGGCUCGAAUGACAUCGUCAUGUCCGCUCCUCAGAGCCGCCUGUCACACCUCACAGAUAGGCCAUCAAUUGUGCCAUUGAGGAACCUACCCUGUGUUGUGUGUUGAACGCACAGCUAACGAGGUGAGACGCUAGACGAGGCGAGACUGUGAUGGAGAAAAGGUUGGCCGCGUCGUUUCCUCCCUGCUUCUGAGUAGUUUCACCCAUUACUGUUCGUUUCAUAAGACCAUUCAGGGAGUUCAGAAUCUCUAAUGGUGGAAUGAGCCUAUGCUAACUUGGUGAGUUUUGUGGUACACUGGUUGGGAAUGUGGUAGUUAGAUGUUAUGGUAACCCCUAUUGCAUUUACAUGGAGUGUUCAAAUUGAAGGCAAGUCUUAAAAUUGACAGACAAUUAUUGAGUACGCCAAUAUGUGUUAUUAGUUGAAAAUAGACCUACGCUACCUCUCCCAGUGUCAAGCCAUCAUCUUAUAUUCACAAAGCGUCUCAGAGUUGAAGUGCUGAUCUAGGGUCAGGUCCCCCUCUUAUUCAUUAUGAUUUAAAAAGGCAUAACAAAUCCUACUCUGAGACACUUUAUGAUUACAGGCCUCGAUUUCUACCCUUAUCCGGCCUUUCUUGUCCAAGAUGCCGCUGGAUCCUUAAAGGUCUUCUGCGGUUGUAUUCUAGGCCAGAUUGUGCUAAGAUAGGCUGUGUAAUUACAAACUAAUACUACAUUAUGCAUUCAGGCAAAACUUGUGGUUGUCUCAGCUCGGUGUAAAACAUACUAAAAACAACCCUGAGAAGUGAUGAUAGUGCUCAAUCGUCGUGAUUUGUUUUCCUCAGAGAAUACGUCUGGCCUUGCAACUCAUUCUUUAGACCAGUGGUUCCUAACCUUUUUUGAACCGUGGUACAAUUUAAUGGGAUAAAAAAUUCUGUGACACAACUAAACUUUUCCUUAUAAUGUAUUUAGUCGUAAUGACCUCCAUCUCAUCUGAUCCAUAUUGCAACUAUUUUCAUAGUUCCUUACUGAUGACGGUUAAUUUGUGUGUACCCCUUUAAGAGUGUCCGGCAAAUCACUGAUAGAAAGAAAAUGUAUAGCUCUGGUGAAAUAGGUCUUAGGGGGUACUGUGGUAAGCUGAGAGCCAUUUUUUACAUUGAGCAUCACUCGAUCAAGGGAAAUAUAUAUUGAACAAAAUUAUAAAUGCAACAUGCAACAAUUUCAAAGAUUUUGCUGAGUUACAGUUCAUAUAAGGAAAUCAGUCAAUUGAAAUAAAUGUUUUAGGCCCUAAUCUAUGGAUUUCACAUGACUGGGCAUAAGCCCACCCAAUGGGGAGCCCGGCCCAGCCAAUCUGAAUCAGUUUUCCCCUCAAAAGGGCCUAAUUACAGACAUAAAUACUCCUCAGUUUCAUCAGCUGUCCGGAUGGCUGGUCUCAGACAAUCCCGCAGGUGAAGAAGCCGGAUGUGCAGGUCCUGGGCUGGCAUGGUUACACGUGGUCUGCGGUUGUGAGGCCGGUUGGACGUACUGCCAAAUUCUCUAAAAUGACGUUGGAGGCGGCUUAUGGUAGAGAAAUUAACAUUAAAUUAUCUGGCAACAGCUCAGGUGUACAUUCCUGCAAUCAGCAUACCAAUUGCAUGCACCCUCAAAACUUGAGACAUCUGUGACAUUGUGUUGUGUGACAAAACGGCACAUUUUAGAGUGGCCUUUUAUUGUCCCCCAGCACAAGGUACACCUGUGUAAUGAUCAUGCUGUUUAAUCCGUUUAUUGAUAUGCCACACCUGUCAGAUGGAUGGAUUAUCUUGGCAAAGGAGAAAUGCUCACUAACAGGGAUGUAAACACAUUUCUGCACAAAAUUGGAGAGAAAUAAGCUUUUUGUGCGUAUGGAAAAUGUCUGGGAUCUUUUAUUUCAGCUCAUGACCAACACUUUACAGGUAGCAUUUAUAUUUUUUUCAGUAUAGUAUUCUUUGUUUCAGGAUGUUGUGUAUCCCUGGAAAUAAUCAGAAUUCAUGUAAACAUUCAUUUUAGGAACAUAGCUUGUCCAAAAAAAAGUGUUCUCUUGGCACAACUUAUGGGGUAAGUUGAGCCGUGGGACAAAUUGAGCCCCCUACACAUUUCUGUACUGAAUGAAAUAUUACCACUACCUUUUUAAAACCAUGACUAUCUUUAUUUCCUUAACACAAUUCAACACGAUCAAAAUCACAUUUUUUUGUCUUUUAAUCAUUUUAAUCAUAUUUUAAUACAUGCUUAACAACUAACAAACACUAUUGUACUUUUUAAAAACCUUUUAACAAGGCCCUGUUGUUACCUCAUAUCCCAGUGAUAAUGCCUUGCAUUACGCCUGGGAAGACAACAUUUACAUUUUCACAAUUUAUAAGGUUCAUGAAAUCAAUAAUUUGCUAAAAUCAGAUAACAUUCAUAUACUGGCCAUCUCUGAAACUCACUGUCAGGAGGUGAUGUGUAUGCGGAGAGUGAAGUCAGACGCAGGACACAGAGAAUCAGGUUGACUACUUUACUGAAUGUUACGCACAAAACAAACGUCUCCAACACUGGAGGGAAAAACACCAUAUGCGUAAUCUGGAGAAGUAGCUAGGCCGAACAUCAACUAGACAUACAACAAUAACACACAAAACCCAAACGUGAAACAAGGGAAAUUAUAGGCUAAACAAUCAAAACUAAUAGGCAACAGGUGUACUAAUCUAGACAAAACAAGACAAACACCGAAAACAUCGAUCGGCAGUAGCUAGUACUCCGGGGACGACGAACGCCGAAGCCUGCCCGAGCAAGGAGGAGGAGCAGCCUCAGUAGAAUCCGUGACAGUACCCCCCCCCCUUGACGCGCGGCCCCAGCCGUGCGCCGACCCCGGCCUCGGGGACGGCCAGGAGGACGCGGAGCAGGGCGAGUGGGAUGACUCCGGUGGAACUCCGUCAAGAGGGAGGGAUCUAAGAUGUCCCUCCUAGGCACCCAGCACCGUUCCUCCGGACCGUACCCCUCCCACUCCACGAGAUACUGCAGACCCCCCAUCUGACGUCUCGAAUCCACGAUGGACCGGACUGAGUACGCCGGAGCCCCCUCGAUGUCUAGUGGGGGCGGAGGAGCCUCUCAUAUCUCAUUCUCCUGGAGUGGACCAGCUACCACCGGCCUGAGGAGAGACACAUGGAACAAGGGGUUAAUGCGAUAAUCAUUGGGCAGUUGUAACCUGUAACAUACCUCGUUCAAUCUCCUCAGGACUUUAAAUGGCCCCACAAACCGCCGACCCAGCUUCCGGCAGGGCAGGCGAAGGGGCAGGUUUCGAGUCGAGAGCCAGACUCGAUCUCCAGGUGCAUACACUGGACCCUCACUGCGGUGGCGAUCGGCGCUCGCCUUAUGCCUACGGAUGGCCCGCUGCAGAUGGACAUGCGCAGCGUUCCAUGUUUCCUCCGAGCACCGAAACCAUUCAUCCACCGCAGGAGCCUCGAUCUGGCUCUGAUGCCAGGGUGCCAGAACCGGCUGAUACCCCAACACACACUGAAAAGGAGUCAGAUUAGUGGAGGAGUGGCGAAGUGAGUUCUGGGCAAUCUCUGCCCAGAGGAUAUACCCCGACCACUCCUCCUGCCGGUCCUGGCAAUAGGACCUCAGAAACCUACCCACAUCCUGGUUUACUCUCUCCACCUGCCCAUUACUCUCAGGGUGGAAACCCGAGGUAAGGCUAACCGAGACCCCCAAGCGUUCCAUAAACGCCCUCCAGACUCUAGAGGUUAACUGGGGACCCCGAUCAGACACUAUAUCCUCAGGUACCCCGUAGUGCCGGAAGACGUGUGUAAACAGGGCCUCAGCAGUUUGUAGGGCAGUAGGGAGACCCGGCAUUGGAAUGAGACGGCAGGCCUUAGAAAACCGAUCCACAACGACCAAAAUUGUGGUAUUCCCCUGGGAGGGGGGAAUGUCCGUGACAAAGUCCACCGAUAGGUGAGACCACGGCCGUUGUGGAACUGGUAGGGGUUGUAAUUUCCCCCUGGGCAGGUGUCUAGGUGCCUUACACUGAGCGCACACCGAGCAGGAGGAGACAUAAACCCUCACGUCCUUUGCCAAUGUUGGCCACCAGUACUUCUCACUAAGGCAGUGCACUGUCCGGCCAAUACCAGGAUGACCAGAGGAGGGUGACGUGUGAGCCCAAUAAAUCAGUCGAUCACGGAUCUCGAGUGGCACGUACCUCCGCCCCCCCGGACACUCUGGAGGAGUAGGGUCGGUACGUAACGCCCGCUCGAUCUCCGCAUCGACCUCCCACACCACCGGUGCCACCAGACAAGACUCCGGAAGUAUGGGAGUGGGCUCAAUGGACCUCUCCUCUGUGUCAUAUCGCCGGGACAGGGCGUCUGCCUUAACGUUCUGUGACCCUGGUAUAUACGUGAGCUUAAAGACAAACCGGGCCAGAAACAUGGCCCACCUAGCCUGACGAGGGUUCAGUCUCCUAGCUGCCCGGAUGUACUCCAGGUUACGAUGGUCAGUCAGAAUGAGAAAAGGGUGUUGAGCCCCCUCAAGCCAAUGCCUCCACACCUUUAGGGCUUGAACCACAGCUAGCAGCUCCCUAUCCCCCACGUCACAAUUACGUUCCGCCAGGCUGAGCUUCUUAGAGUGAAAGGCACAGGGACGGAGUUUAGGAGGCGUGCCCGAGCGUUGAGACAGUACAGCCACUAUACCCGCCUCUUACGCGUCCACCUCCACUUGGAACGCCAAAGAGGGGUCCGGAUGUGCCAGCACCGGAACCGAGGUGAACAGGUCCUUCAGAUGUCUAAAACGCCCUGUCCGCCUCAGCCGACCACUGCAAACGCACCGGGCCCCCCUUUAGCAGGGAGGUGAUGGGAGCUGCUACCUGUCCAAAACCCCAGAUAAACCUCCGGUAGUAAUUGGCAAAACCCAAAAACCGCUGCACCUCCUUAAUCGUGGUGGGAGUCUGCCAAUUAUUGCACGGCUGAAACGCGGUCAAUCUCCAUCUCCACCCCUGACACGGACAACCGAUGUCCCAGGAAGGAGAUGGACUCCUGGAAAAACAGGCAUUUCUCCGCCUUCACAUACAAGUCAUGCUCCAACAGCCUACCCAACACCCGACGCACCAGGGCACAUGCUCGGCUCGUGUAGCAGAGUAUAUUAGAAUGUCGUCAAUAUACACCACUACACCCUGCCCAUGCAAAUCCCGGAAAAUCUCGUCCACAAAUGAUUGGAAGACUGAAGGAGCAUUCAUUAACCCGUAUGGCAUGACGAGAUACUCAUAGUGACCCGAGGUGGUACUAAAUGCUGUUUUCCAUUCAUCUCCUUCCCUAAUGCGCACCAGGUUGUAAGCGCUCCUGAGAUCCAAUUUUGUGAAGAAUCGCGCUCCGUGUAAUGACUCCGUCAUACUCGCAAUCAGAGGGAGAGGAUAACUGUAUUUAAUAGUAAUCUGAUUGAGACUACGGUAAUCAAUACACGGGCGCAAACCUCCAUCCUUCUUCUUCACAAAAAAGAACCUUGAGGACGCAGGAGAAGUGGAGGGCCGUAUGUAUCCCUGUCCCAGAGAUUCGGUGAUGUAUGUCUCCAUAGCCUCCGUCUCCUCUUGAGACAGAGGAUACACAUGACUACGCGGAAGUGCAGCGCCUGCCUGGAGGUCUAUCGCACAAUCCCCCUGUCUAUGAGGUGGUAAUUGAGUCGCCCUCUUCUUACUGAAGACGAGUGCCAAAUCAUUAUACUCAGGAGGAAUGUGCAGUGCGGGCACUUGGUUCGGACUUUCCACCGUUGUCGCCCCUACGGAAACACCUAUACACCGCCCGACACACUGAUCAGAACACUCCCUGAGAGCCCUCUGUUGCCACGAAAUGUUGGGGUCAUGAGAUAUUAACCAAGGAAGCACCAACACCACGGGAAACGCAGGAGAGUCGAUCAGAUACAACUGUAUAAUUUCCUCAUGACCCCCCUGCGUCUUCAUCUUAAGUGGCGCCGUGACCUCCCUAAUCAAUCCUGACCCCAAAGGACGGCUGUCUAGGGCAUGGAUGAUCGAAAACCGCCCUGAAGCGGCGGGAGAACUCCGCAUAACUGACGGUGGCGGCGUCUAUUCCCCUCCAUUCGGCAUUGGCCCACUCCAAUGCCUUGCCGGACAGACAGGAGAUGAGGGCGGAAACGCUCUCGUAUCCCGAGGGCGCCGGGUGAAUGGUUGCCAGGUAGAGUUCUACUUGAAGCAGGAAACCCUGACACCCGGCUGCGGUGCCAUCAUAAGCCCUCGGGAGCGAGAGCCGAAUCCCACUGGACUCCGGAGAUGGAACGAUGGGUCUGGCCGAUGGUGGUGGUAUUGUAGGAGGAGGUGUGGGCAAACCUCCUCUUUCCCAUCGGCUCAAAGUGUCCAUUACAUCCUGCAUGGCGGUGCCCAGUCUUCGAAUCAUGGCGUCUUGGCUGCUGACGCGCUCCUCCAAUGACUCCGUUGGUACCGCUGGUCCUGCUGACUCCAUGGUGGUGUGUUAUUCUGUCAGGAGGUGAUGUGUACGCGGCGAGUGAAGUCAGACGCAGGACACAGAGAAUCAGGUUGACUACUUUACUGAACGUUACGCACAAAACAAACGUCUCCAACACUGGAGGGAAAAACACCAUAUGCGUAAUCUGGAGAAGUAGCUAGGCCGAACAUCAACUAGACAUACAACAAUAACACACAAAACCCAAACGUGAAACAAGGGAAAUUAUAGGCCAAACAAUCAAAACUAAUAGGCAACAGGUGUACUAAUCUAGACAAAACAAGACAAACACCGAAAACAUCGAUCGGCAGUAGCUAGUACUCCGGGGACGACGAACGCCGAAGCCUGCCCGAGCAAGGAGGAGGAGCAGCCUCGGCAGAAUCCGUGACACUCACUUAGAUAAUUCCUUUGAUGAUACUGCAGUAGCAAUACAGGGAUAUAACAUCUACAGAAGAGACAGGAAUGCCUAUGGGGUAGGUGUUGUUGCUGUAUAUGUUCAGAGCCAUAUUCCUGUAAAGCACAGAGAGGAUCUCACAUUGAAUGUUGUUGAAGUGUUGCGGUUGAAAGUUCAUCUAAAGCCUCUUCAUUUGGGGUGCUGCUGUAGUCCACCAAUGGCUAACAGUCAGUAUUUGAAUAAUAUGUGUACAAUGCUUGAUAAUGUGUGUGAUAUUAACAGAGAGGUCUAUUUUCUGGGUGACCUGAACAUUGUCUGGUUAGCAACUAGCUGUCCUCUCAAGAGGAAGCUUCUAACUGUGACUAAUGCCUGUAAUAUGACCCAGGUUAUGACAACCAACUAGAGUGCAUACCAAUAGUGUUGGAUCUGUGACAUCCACUUGUAUUGAUCAUAUCUUCACUAAUGCUGUAGAGCUUUGCUCCAAAGCAAUAUCAGUUCCCAUUGGCUGUAGUGACCAUAACAUUGUGGCAAUAACAAGGAAAGCCAAAGUGCCAAAGGUUGGGCCUAAAGUAAUUUAUAAGAGAUCACACAAAAACAUUCUCAGGAUUGUUUUCUUGAAGAUGUAAAAAAUUUAUGUUGGUCUGAUGUGUAUGAGGAAAGUGAAUCCAGAUGCAGCACUGGAAGUAUUUGUACAAUUAUUCAUGCCAACUUUUGACCAGCAUGCACCUGUUAAGGAACUAACUGUGGGAACCGUUAGAGCCCACUGGAUUGAUGAUGAAUUUGAUGAAUUGAAAAAUGGUUUGGUUCAAAGAAAUGAUGUGAAAAAAGAAGAAACCUGCACACUGCUCUUGCUACUAUCACUGCUCUUUAUUAAGCUUUAUGUAUCGGCCUCAAGGCCUUCGUCAGAGCUUUUUGAGUGUGCAGGAUUCUUCUUCUUUCUCAUCUUAUUUCAACUGUUACAAUACACCUGCAACAAAGAUAGCUCAGAUGUGCGAGUGCCUUUUGAAUUUUGAAUCAAAGAAAUGAUGCAAAACAAUUGGCAAACAAGUCAGGCUGCUCAGCUGAUUGGUUGACAUAAAGAAAUGUUGUGACUAAACUUAACAAAAAUAAAAAUAAAAUAUAUUACCAAACAAAGAUAAGUAACGCAAUGGAAAAAGCAGCUUAAAUGAUAUCAUGGGCAGAAAACCCAAUUCAUCUCCGUCGUUCAUUGAAGUUGAUGGGUCAUUAUAACACUACAUUUCGAUAUUGCCAAUCAUUACAAUCACUAGUAAAGUGGGAAAACGUAGAAGUGAAAUGACAUUGAACAAAGAACCAUCCUAUUAAGCACCCUUUGCUGGCUCUAACUGCCGCCCAAUCCGUUUGCUGCCUGUUCUUAGUAAACUGAUGGACAGGAUUGUGUUUGUCCAAAUACAAUGCUAUUUUUCAGAGAACAAGUUAACUACUGACUUUCAGCAUGCAUAUAGAUAAGGGCACUCAACUUGUACUGCACUGACUCAGAUGACUGAUGAUUGGUUAAGAUAAAUGAAUAAUAAAAUGAUAGUUGGAGGGGUAUUGUUAGAUUUCAGUGCAGCCUUUGAUGUUAUUGAUCAUAAAUUGUUAUUGAAAAAAAAGUCACUUGCUAUGGCUUUACAUCACCUGCCAUCACAUGGUUGGAGAGUUAUUUAUCCAAUAGAACCCAGAGAGUGUUCUUCAAUGGAAGCUUCUCUAACAUCAGAUAUGUACAGUGCGGUGUCCCUCAGGGCAGUUGCCUUGGGCCGUUUUUACAAAUGAUUUGCCACUGGUCUUACACAAAUCUAGAAUGACUGUGUAUGCAGAUUAUUCCACACUAUACAUGUCAGCACCCAAAGCCAGUGAGCUCACUCAAAUUCUAAAUAAGGAGUUACAGUCAGUCUCAGAAUGGGUGCUUUAUAAUAAACUGGCCUUAAAUACAUCUAAAACUAAAAGCAUUGUAUUUGGCUCAAAACAUUCUCUAGGACCUACACCUCAACUGGAGUUCUACAUAAAGGGUGUGACCACUGAGCAAGUUGAGGAAGCUAAACUCCCAAGGUAUAACAUUUCUAUGUUUUUGACACAACAACCAACUGUACUAGUUGUUCAGGCUCUGGUCUGGUACCAUCUUGAUUACUGUCUGGUAAUAUGGUCAAGUGCAGCAAAGAAAGACCUAGCAAAGCUGCAGCUGGCUCAAAACAGAGCAGCACGCCUUGCCCUUAACUGCACAUACAGAACUAACAUCAACAACAUGCAUGCCAGUCUUUCCUGGUUAAGGGUUGACGAGAGAUUAACUGCUUCUCUUCUAGUUUUUAUGAGAAAUAUUACUUUGACGAAAAUUCCAGAUUGUCUGCAUAAUCAAAUAACAUUCAGCUCAGACACCCAUACAUACCCCACAAGACAUGCCACCAGGGGUCUCUUCACAUUCCCCAAGUCCAAAACGAAUUCACAGCAACGCACUGCUUCUUGACACACUGAUCGCUUAACCCGGAAGCCAGUCGCACCAAUGUGUUGGAGGAAACACUGUAUAACUGGCGACCAAAGUUAGCGUGCUUGCGCCUGGCCCGCCACAAGGAGUCGCUAGAAUGCGAUGGGACAAGGACAUCCCGGCCGGCCAAACCCUCCCGUAACCCGGACAAUUGUGCACCGCACUCAUGGGUCUCCCGGUCGCGAUCGAACCCGGGUCUGUAGUGACUUGUCAUGUUUUGUGUUUUUUGUGUACCCCAGGAAGAGUAGCUGCAGCUUCUACAAAAGCUAAUUUGGAUCCAAAUAAACAGAUAAUAAAAACAUUUAAAGACUUACCCCAUGGCCAGUGGCUCAACUUGCCCCAAGGCAAACAUUUUGAUUAUAUUAGCCCACACAGCGACAAUGAUGCACUUUCAUGCUAGGUUUAGGCUUAUAUUGAAGCUUAUAGAGACCCCAACUGAUGUAUAGAACAAUCUUACAAUUAGCUACUUAGGUUUAGAUACAAGCAUCAUGAAACUUCUAACACAAUAAAUUAAUUUGACCUAACUUGCUUACCAUUUCUUCCAUGUAGUUUCUUCCUUCACACUCCAUUAAAUUAUAAUCUCUUCCUAAAUAUUUGGUCAAAUUAUUAAUUUGUGUAUGGUUUCCUAGAAACAAGAGUGGCUAAACUUACCCCUUUGGCUCAACCUACCCCACUCUCCCCUACUUUUGAAUGGAAAGAUCUAGAGACCGUUUUCUGCAUUGUAAAGGUCCAACCACAGACACAAAGCCAUUUCCCGUUUGUUUCUAUGGGAGAUGCUGUGGUACUGCUGAACCUCAUCAGACUUGCCUGUGAUAAUGGUUCUCACAGGCAAAGUAAAAUUAUACACAUUACUUUGCUUGUGAUGCGCGCCCCUCAAAUUAUACACAUUACUUUGCUUGUGAUACGCGCCCCUCAAAUUAUACACAUUACUUUGCUUGUGAUGCGCGCCCCUCAAAUUAUACACAUUACUUUGCUUGUGAUGCGCGCCCCUCAAAUUAUACACAUUACUUUGCUUGUGAUACGCGCCCCUCAAAUUAUACACAUUACUUUGCUUGUGAUGCGCGCCCCUCAAAUUAUACACAUUACUUUGCUUGUGAUGCGCGCCCCUCAAAUUAUACACAUUACUUUGCUUGUGAUGCGCGCCCCUCAAAUGAUAGAAAUGUAACAACAGCUCCAGCGCACCGGACUUGAAACAACGGUCCAGAUGUAACCAUGUGUGCCAUUCAAUGUAUUAUCUGAUUGCUAUUCUUUCUGGUGGCACUGAUGUUCCCAAGUCAGAAUCCCACGUUCAUUCCACAGGUCCCAUUUAUAAGCGAGUGUUCCAAAAAAUUAUCAAGAUUAGGAAAAGUUUUGUGGCACACCUUAGAGUUCCUCAAGGCACACCGGUUGAAAUCCACUGCAUUAGACGUGACCAGUUAGUCACUUGGAAGGAGAGAGGUGUGCUCAAGUGUUUGACGAGUGGGUCAAAACAGACGCCAUUACGGAGUUGACAGUUAAUACGGAGGUGACAGCCUUUGUCUGAAAGUGCUUGACAAGCACAAUUUUUAAGUGUGUGUGUACAUCUGAGUAUUUCUACCAGUGUCUGCUUGGGUUUGCAUAAUUGUGUCUGUGUCUACGUUGCAAUGUGCUAACACACAGUACGUGGAGACAAACAGACCCAAUGUUGCAUUUUGCUGCAGCAGCUGACAGGUGUCAGCCUGCCUCCUGUACAUUACAUCAAAGGUUAGUUCAAAGGUUAGAGACGGCUCCGUCAAAACCAGAAAACCUCCAGAAAUGUCACCGUGCACGGCACACACACACACGUCAGCAUCGACCCAACAGCUAACGCACUCCAUGGCCAGCUACAUCUGAGGUAUUUGUGGAUACGUGCCCAAGAUUACUGCAGCAUGCUCAGAAUAUCAAACAGCCUGCUUCCCUUACCUUCAGAACGAGCCACAUCUUUAAGCCAUCCAUCCAUCAAAGACUCCUGAACAGCUAAUCAUGGCUACCCAGACUAUUUGCACUGCCCCCCACCCCAUAUUUUUACGCUGCUGCUACUCUGUUAAUUAUUUAUGCAUAGUCACUUUUACUCUACCCACAUGUACAUAUUACUUCAACUACCUCAACUAGCCGGUGCCCCCGCACAUUGACUCUGCACCGGUACCCCCCUGUAUAUAUAGCCUCCCUACUGUUGUUUUAUUUUACUUCUGCUCUUUUUUUCUCAACACUUUUUUGUUGUUUUAUUCUACUUUUUUAUUUUAAAAAAAUGCACUGUUGGUUAAGGGCUGUAAGUAAGCAUUUCACUGUAAUGUCUGCACCUGUUGUAUUCGGCACAUGUGGCCAAUACAAUUUGAUUUGAUUUGAUUUGAAAUCCCACUGCUUCCAGAUGAAGGGGGGUGUGAAAGCUUAAGGACUAUUAUAAUUAGGAAAUAAUUAGUAUUUGCAAGAGUUUUGAAUAUGGGCAUGUUUAUCACAGAGAGGAAUUAAGGAAAAAAAGCAUUGUUAAAACAAUACAUUUGAUCUCAUGGAUGGUCAGUCCUUGCAUCCAAAGCGCUGUAUGAAUUUGAGUGGUUAGAUUUCUCCAGCCCCCUCCCUCAGCUGUUUACCAAAACAGCGGCAGGGUUACCGCUUUGUUGUUUGAACGGCAGAUUGCCCAUUUAAAGAAGGCUAUAUGCUUAGGAAAUGAAACGGAUACACCAGGGAUUUAAAUAAUAGGUCAUUUAGCAGACGCUCUUAUCCAGAGCAAAUAGUGUUAAGUGCCUUGCUCAAGGGCACAUCGACAGAUUUUUCACCUAGUCGGCUCGGGGAUUAGAACCAGCGACCUUUCGGUUACUGGCACAAUGCUCUUAACCACUAAGCUACCUGCCGCUCAGAUAUUAUUCAAACUUUUCCCCCCUAUUAUUUGAUUUAAGUAAAUUAUUAAUUUCAUGGCUGUUAUUUUUUGCAUAACCAUUUGGGUUUCGUGAAACAGCUGUUUCUAACAGCGUGUUCCGUUUUCAUGGAGAUAUUUUCUGAACUCUUGCUGUUUUGUUUUAACCUCCAUUGUCUUAGUCAUAUGGGCAUAUGGGCCCUGGUCAAAAGUGGUGCACUAUAUAGGGUGAGUAGUGCACUAUAUAGGGAAUAGGGUGCCAUUUGGGACUUGGCCAUACUGUUUUCCCUUUACAGGCAGAUGCCUGGAAGUCUAUAUUUGUUGUUGAUAUGAACAUAAUAUGAUCUGAGGGUCAAGUCAUCUGUUGAAGGGCUGAAUAUUGACCACAGUCUUGUCAUGAGCUGUAAUAGAUGCCUCUCUGUCAUCAGAGGUGGCCGUGUUAAGGAGAGAGCACACUCGCCACACCACACACACACACACACACACACACACACACACACACACACACACACACACACACACACACACACACACACACACACACACACACACACACACACACACACACACACUCACACACACACUCUCACACACACACACACACACACACACACACACCUGAAAUACACAGCACCUCAACAAGGUCAUAGUUUAGGGACUGCCAGACAGCAUCAACCCAUGUCACAACUUACAUACUGUAUAGCACAGGUGGCUGGUGGCGCCAUAAUUGGGGAGGACAGGCUGGUUCACAUUAAUGGCUGGAACAGAAUGAAUGGAGUGGUAUCAAACCCAUCAAACACCUGGUUUCCAUGUGUUUGAUAUAAUUCCAUUCACACCAUUCCAGACAUUGUUAUGAGCUGUCCUCCCCUCACCAGCCUCCCGUGCCGUAUACCAAAUCCAUCUUGAUACUACGACACGUUCCAAAACAACCCUAUCGUACAAGUAGCCUUCGAUUCAAAGUACAGAAUGGUUUUUAAUUGUCAUGCUUCAUGAAUCCUCCCCAUGUUCGUCAUUGACCAUCAGAUUACACGGUUCACUACCACAUUCUCCAUUUGCACCUUCAGGCUAACACUACACCAAUCUCACAGGCCGAAACCUGACCGAUCGAUCAUUCCAGCGAGCAACACUCUCUGAGUUCAAAGCGGGCCUCCAUUUUAAACUGGGCCGUGUUCGGCAUAUACAAAAAACACUUUGGACAGAAACGUUGGUGGCGGUGGCACCAAUUAGCUCGGACUCCUCAAAUCCAAUCGGAGGCUUCAGCUAAUUCACUGUGCUCAGAUGGGAGCGCUGACCUUCAACCUCAUAUUCCCUGCUGGAGAGCGCUUUUCCGUGAACUCAUUUGCAUGGCGGGAUGUACAGGAUAUGCUGAGGGGAAUGUAGCUUAAUGUUAUCACUGUGCUUCAGCGCAACUAAAUGACCUGGAGUUGAGAUCACAUUAAAAUAAUGUAGUAGCUGCACUAGAUUGCUGCUUCACCUGAUCACCUGCUGAACUCCAGACAGUGUCACAGGGAGAAAUGAAAAACAAACAUGCCUAUACACACAUAUUUGUGCACAGACAGACACACACAUACACACUUGUGCACACACACACACACACACACACACACACACACAUCAACGUGAGACAUUAUUGUAGGGCUACACGCUGAGGGUGUGAUGGGUUUUCUGCUGUCUGUUGUUUUAUUUGUGCGUUGAGUUGAAAUAUUGGUUUUGGUCCGCCGCCCCCGUGCUGCUAGCUGGAGGACUGAAACUGGAGCACUGUGGGGGCUUGGGUGGAGUACAGUCAUUUUCUCUUUGUAUUCCCUCUCUCUUUAUCGCUUUCAUUUUCUCCUUCUCUCUCUCUUUCUCCCCUCACCUAUCUCUCUCUCUCUCUCUCUCUCUCUCUCUCUCGCGAUCUCUCCCCCUUCUCUUGCCCCCCCCCCCCCCGCCACAUCCUCCUCGGGUUUGGCAGAGAUGUUGUAGUGCAGGUCUGAGACAGGCCAGACUUGUCCUCUGGCUCUCUGUACUCUCUGUGCUGCUACUGCUGCUGCUGAGUGGGCUGUAUUUCUUCCAGCCUGGAUGGCAGCAUCUGUCUGAGCCCGAGGCGAGAUGGCGAGAUGGCUUACUGUAGCCCCGCCCCACUGACACUGAGGAAGAAGAGCAGCCUUCUAUUGCAGAAACGGCCCCAGGAAUGGGUUUAUCAAUGACCAGAGCCUGGUGAUAUCUGAGAGAGAGAGAGGCCAUUCUCUACAACCCUGACUAAUACCUUAAGAGGGAGAUAAGUGAUACAAAAGGAAAAGGAAGCCGUCAACCCUGCUGAUCAUCUUCUACAGAGGAGCAGGCCCAGACAUGAAACGGAGCAUGGUUUGGUUUCCAUCCUGGAUGGUGCUUCAGGCUGUAUUGCUAUUCUGGACCUUGUCCUGAAGUGUGCACUCGUACACUCUCCCUCAUGGAUUUAAAAAAGGAUGGACUGGUGUGAGGAAUAUGGUGGAAACUCCCUUCAGCCAUGCUUGCACCAAUCUAAUGCUUUUUAAAUGCAUGAAGGGGAGUGAACAAGUGUACACUUCUGGAGAAGGGUAGAGAAUCGGAAAGCAGCCACAGUCAAUCUUUUUCAGGGGUCAUGAAAUGGUCUUGCUGGACAAGAGAAAAUUAGAAAAUGAUCUGUUUAUAAUUGACCCAGGUUUAUUCGCCAAAAGCAAUGUCGCUUAUCCUGACUAAAAACCAGCCAUUUUGAGUCAGUUAAAAGGUUGGUAUAUAGAAACAUAACAUAUAAUAAUAGCUAUUACAAGCCAUUGUAAAGGUUCAUACAUGCUUAUAAAAGGUUGAAAGGACUAUAGCCUAGGUUUUAAGUAGUAUUACAAACUUUUUGUUUUUUGAUACGGCACUGUUCAUCCAAUGAUUCAUCAGUUUAUAUCUUCAAAUGGCUGUAAGCACACUGACGUGGGAUCUUUCAUCUACAUACCAGACAACUGUUUCCACGUAGUCGAGGGAACCGUAGGGAGUCUGCAGCGACUCUGUACUAGAGCACUGGUUGUACUGUCUGACUACGUCCCAAAUGGCACCCUAUGCCCUACAUAGUGCACUACCUUUGACCAAGGCCCAUAGGGUGAGCAAUGCACUUUGUAAGGGUUGGUGUGAGGUGUGACCCAGGUGCGGUGCAUGAUAGACAGUAGGCAAAGAUGGUGAAACAAGGAUAUUUACUGGUGGUCCCAAAGCCAGGACACAAAAUAACGGACUUAUCACGAAAAAUAAAGGAGGAGCAAAUUGGUCUCCAAAAAAACAGGCUGACAGCAAAAAUACAAAAUACUAACUAUGACUGAAAACAACAAUGAAACAGGGAGAACACUUCUCAAGUACCUGUACUUCCGUCUCAUGAUCAGACACUGAUUCGUACUAAAUUGACAUCAAGAAACUAGCAGAGAAAACUGAGCAAGGGAACACAGGGAAGUGAGGGCAUAAAUACACAGGGGAACAGAUAGACACAGGUGACACCAAUAGGAUGAUGAUUAGUCCAGACAGUGAGUGAGGAGGUGCCUAAGGUUGUCGGAGGAUGACACCUAGUGGGUCGCUCCGGAACUGCGACCCCCUCCUGUAAUAGCACUUUAAAGGGAAUAGGGUGCCAUUUGUUACUCUGCCUCUGUCAUGGUGAUGAGCCGAUAUCCAUUUUCCCUUGUUGGAAAUGUUAUGCAUCACACAUCGAUGUGCCACGGGAAGCAUUGUCAGUCAUAAUAGACAGCAGAUGUCUCACUCAGUUGUCCUUGAAACGAUACAACAUUUUAACGUAUACAGUAAUGGAGUCAUUUAGCAGACGCUCUCUUCCAUGGCCACUUACAAUCAGAGCAUUGAUUGAUACCUGUAAGAGGAUAAAACAACCGCAUAUCACGAUCAUUGCGACUGCAGUGCCAAUGCAGUCAAGGAAAGGACAAGUGUUUUGAAUCCAUUUUGGUUUAAUAAGCAUGUGGUAUAUUCAAAGUGAUAAACUUUUAUGUUUAGACUAUCACUUUAAAUAAGCCACUAGACUGUCAGACAUUGACUGCUAAAUCAAAGCAUGAGACAUUCUUAGACGAGAAACAGCAAAGUGCUCUAAUAUUGAGAUGAGUCCACAUCCCAUACCAUCUGUUCACAGUUUCACGUUACAUUAGUUUCUGCAUAUCUUUGUCAUUAAUUUGGGAUUUACUUGGAUCUACACAACAGAUGGUCUGAGCACGGAGUCGUCUUGACAUUUUACCAAUUUUGAGGUUUGAAAAAGUCUGACAAACGUUGAUUUUGUGAACUAUCACCUAAAGUAUAAUUUUUUAUUUUAUUUAACCUUUAUUUAACCAGGAAGUCCCAUUGAGGUCAGAAGACCUCUUUUCUUAAGGGAGACACCCCGAUGCUGUGGUGUAGUACUCUGGAAAUAGCAAUACUGUAUUCAAUACUAUUUUUCUCACUUUAUUUCCUUCGCCUUUUCCUGUUUUAUCUCACUUCCUGUUCUCUAAUUUCUUCGUCUCCCCCUCGCCCCAACUCCGAACUUCGCACCUCUGUCUACUACAACAUCUCUGUCUACUAUAACAUCUCUGUAUAUUAUAACAUAUCUGUCUACUAUAACAUCUCUGUCUACUUUAACAUCUCUGUCUACUAUAACAUCUCUGUCUACUAUAACAUCUCUGUCUACAGUAACAUCUAUGUCUACUAUAAACUCGAGCCCAAUACGCACCAUUUAAACCUGUGUAACCAAAGACUGAAAAAUCUGACAGAUCUGUCAAUAUAUUGCCUUUUCCCCUUCUCCCCAGCUCUGAUACAGUAUAUUGGACUGAAACCCUCUUGGGUUCCUAAGCAGCUACAGUCAGACGAAUUACCUGCAUUGCCUGCAAAAGCUCACGUCUCUUUAUGGCUUGGGAGGGAUACAGUCAAUGGAGCUCAGCAAUUCCAGGUUAAUCAAUUGAAUUUGUGAAGGAGCCACUGAAAACCCAGCAGACCUCUGUGUGUGAAAUUGGAAUUACUUGCAGAGUGAUUGACUUCCCUGCGGUAUAUAGGGGUACUUAUAGUGAUUAUCGCUGGAUAAGGAAGGCUAUUUAUAAUUGGACAUGUUUUCUCUUAUCUUGUUAUCCACAGUUUUGUGCUGGUCUUCUCCUGUCUAGUCCUCUCUGUGUUUUCCACCAUUAAGGAGUAUGAGAAGAGUUCCGAAGAUGCCUUGUAUAUACUGGUAGGUACUUGGGUUCACACUUACAUGAAACUUAUCAGUGACACGCCAUUUUCACAUAUGUAGACACUGGUUUGGUGCUGGGAGAUAAUGAAUAUGAGGUUGAAAAGUGGCGGAGUUACCCUUUAAGUAUGGAGAGACACGGCAUGUGUUAGCUGUUCAUAAUAAAACCUAUUCAUACUGUAAGAAAGUAGUUGCUAAUUGCCUCUCUCAAUUCUGACUAUAUACACAUAAUAUAAUAUAAAAAUAAUCUUCUUCUCAUUUCCUUAGUUUGGGGUACUAAACUUUCACAAUUUAACCAUAAUAUCUUUGCAAAACAUUACGAUAAUAUCAGCAUUAUGUACGUUAUCAAUGCCUCUGGCAACGCUGUAAUGUAACAGGAAGCCUUUGUCCCUAAACAGGAAAUAGUCACCAUCGUGGUGUUCGGCGUGGAGUACACAGUGAGGAUAUGGGCCGCCGGAUGCUGCUGCAGAUACAGAGGAUGGAGGGGCCGUCUGAAAUUCGCCCGCAAGCCCUUCUGUGUGAUUGGUGAGUUCGACCGCGACUGCCCCUGUGGUCUUUUCUGUGUCACUGCCUGCCUGGUCUCUGUCAUCAGUGAGAUAAAACUGUCCGGCAGCAAUCACUUAAGUGAUCUGCAUUUGGUCAUUCGUUCCAUGGACUGCUUGAUCAUUCAUUGCAUACAGAUUGUAUCUUCUGCUCAAUUUAGGCCAAAUAUAACCAUACUACUUCCUUCCCCUCCGCCCCAAAGCAGAUUUGUGGUGAUUGUUGGAAUUGAAUGAAAUCAAACACAUGGAAACCAUGUUUGAUACCAUUCCACUAAUUCCGCUCCAGCCAUUACCACGAGCCCGUCCUCCCCAAUUAAGGGGCCACCAACCUCCUGUGACUUCAACCCAAUAAACCAGGGAUCAUCAACUCGAUUCAGCCGCAGGCCAAUUUUUUUAUUGAGCGGAUUGUCAGGAGACCGGAACGGAUUUUCAGGAGACCGGAACAUGAUUACAAAUAAUAUAAUAUUUGACUAAAUAAUUUCAAACCUUGCUUACAUUUGUAUACGAUCACAUACAGUAUAUCUAGGGUUGCAAAGGGAGGGUUUAUUACUGGAAACUUUCCAAGUUUACUAGUAAACUACCAACAUUUUCGUAUCUUUCAAGGAUUUUAUUGUAAUCUAUCACAAGACAUGUAGUGGCCUUUUUGGGUACUUCAGAUUAGUACUCUGGCCCUCUGUGUGGCCUUAUCACAUAGUUAUCACAAAAUAAUUAAAUAAGAUGAUAAAAAAUAUAUAUCGAAUGACAAAGCUAUAAACCAUCAACUUAGUGAAUAGCAUUUGUAUUUAAUAUGAAAUAUGAAAUAUGAAACAUGAAAUAUCCUUAGCACACCUUUAUUUAUUUUACUAUGUCAAUGUCAUUGUCUAUGUCAUUGUUGUCAAUGUUUUGGCAUCAAACUGGUGGCUUUGUGAAAAAAGUAAAUAGUUGGAAGAAUUGCAGAGUUAAUUGAAAAUAAUGCCAUUGUUGAUUAGAUGCUUUUUCAUUCAUUAGACCAUAUGUUCUAUCUACCAGAAACUCAUGGGCACAGAUAUAUAAAAAAUGAAUACUUUAUAUAAAUAAAUACAAUUAAGUUACUCAAGUAUAAAUUACCAAAGUUACGAUAGAUUACCAUAUAUUUUCUGGUAAUUACCAAAAUUACAGAAGAUUCCUGUAACUUUGGUAAAUGAACGGUAGCUUUUCAACCCUACAUAUAUCUCCUUUACAAUGUGUGGCAAUAAUUUGGAACAGAUUUCCAAAAUUAAAAUAACUUGGAGCUGAUUUGCUGAUGUUUUUACAAUCUUUUAUGUCCAACAAUAAAAAUUGCUCAGAAAUUUGCUUAGAAAACUUGGGGGGGGGCCAAAUAAAAUCAGUUGGAGAACCCCGCAAUAAACUGUUGAGAAGGGAUGUUUUCAGGGAAAAUGUGGGUCAGGUGUGGUACUGAACUCUAUCUCUUGAAGAUAGAGAUUCUUGACUUCCUCACAACUGAAUUCUGAUUUCAACUCUGUUGUCCAUCUAUUGUCUGUGUAUUUUAUAUAAUCUUAAUGCUGAUUAUUUUUUAUGUCCUGUGAUAUUAAAAACUACCAUUAUAUAGCAUACAAAUAUACAUCCAGUACAUGCACAAAAAUAAAACAAAUGUGUGCAAUGAAAUAUAUACUUUUUGAAUGAUUCUGAAAAUGUCUGAAAAAUGUCCCUCUUUCUCAGACGUCAUGGUGCUGAUUGCGUCCAUCUCUGUGCUGGCGGCGGGAACCCAGGGGAAUGUGUUUGCUACGUCGGCCAUCCGGAGUUUGAGGUUCCUGCAGAUCCUGCGCAUGAUCCGGAUGGACCGCCGCGGAGGCACCUGGAAACUCCUGGGAUCUGUCGUCUACGCUCACAGCAAGGUAAUCAAAGACCAGGGCUGGAUGGAGUGUGUGAUUGAUUGAUUGAUCUGAUGCCUGUACCUCGCCACCCCAAUCUGGCUCCUUGCCCGCAUUGCAGCAUGUUUCUAUAAAUCCAAUAUCUGGACUUGAGCUUCCGCAGACAAGUCAAGUCAACUAAUACCACAUGUCAAAUGUGUCGAUCCAAGUUAAUUGAUCACACAGCCAGCCGUAUGACAUUAACACUGACCCCUCCCUCUAACCAGAUUGAUUGACAGGCGACUUAAACAACCAUCUGUCAAAUAACAACUUCUGGGGACAUUACAUUACAGCUCUCAGAUUGUUCUAAUACAUCUACAGCACAGAAAACAACACACUCAUCAUCAAGCUCCCCACAGGGCGUGCUGUGACUGAUCUCGAACCCACUUUAACUAACUAGAUGUACCCUCCAAUUUAUCAAAGGCUCCUGAAGCUUGGGUAGCGUCCCAAAUGGCACCCUAUGCUCUAUGUAGUGCACUACUUUUGACCAGGGCCUAUAGGGCUCUGGUCAAAAGUAGUGCACUAUAUAGGAAAUAGGGUGCCAUUUGGGACAAACACUUGGCCUGAUAAAUGGAGCACUCUCAAUGGGGAAUUAAGUGUCUCCCAGUUUCUCCCAGAGUGGUUCCUUAAAUGUCUCCCAGUGAUGCAUAGCAACACAGUCCCCAUAGAGAGCCGGGGAGAAGAAGAGCAGAGAGCAGUGGAGUGUCUAAUGACGUCUCCUGGUAGAGAGGAGUGUCAGGGCAAAAUGGUUCAGGUCCUGAGUCUGACAGUUCAGAAGCCAAAGCGGCCAUGGACUAUCGAGUCUUAUUGGAUUUGGCUCGCCACACCGUUCCUGUCUUCUGCCUGCCUGUUGAGAUGGAACAGCUAGAUGGCUGUGCAGCCUUGUCAUGUUGCGAUAUAUUAACACUGAUAAAGGCAGUGUUUUUCUCCUGCAAGUUGAUAUUUAACAGAGCCUUGGGAUUGAGCAUAAGCAGAAUUCACUGAGGCAGGAGGUAGGGAGGAGGCUCUAACCCUACUUCUGACUUGGCUGAUAGCUACUUUAUUUAGGGAAAUUUGACUUACAGUUAGUGCAUUCAUCUUAAGAUAGCUACAGUGAGGGAAAAAAGUAUUUGAUCCCCUGCUGAUUUUGUACGUUUGCCCACUGACAACGAAAUGAUCAGUCUAUAAUUUUAAUGUUAGGUUUAUUUGAACAGUGAGAGACAGAAUAACAACAAAAAAAUCAAGAAAAACGCAUGUCAAAAAUGUUAUAAAUUGAUUUGCAUUUUAAUGAGGGAAAUAAGUAUUUGACCCCCUCUCAAUCAGAAAGAUUUCUGGCUCCCAGGUGUCUAUUAUACAGGUAACAGGCUGAGAUUAGGAGCACACUCUUAAAGGGAGUGCUCCUAAUCUCAGCUUGUUACCUGUAUAAAAGACACCUGGCCACAGAAGCAAUCAAUCAAUCAGAUUCCAAACUCUCCACCAUGGCAAAGACCAACGAGCUCUCCAAGGAUGUCAGGGACAAGAUUGUAGACCUACACAAGGCUGGAAUGGACUACAAGACCAUCGGCAAGCAGCUUGGUGAGAAGGUGACAACAGUUGGUGUGAUUAUUCGCAAAUGGAAGAAACACAAAAUAACUGUCAAUCUCCCUCGGCCUGGGGCUCCAUGCAAGAUCUCACCUUGUGGAGUUGCAAUGAUCAUGAGAACGGUGAGGAAUCAGCCCAGAACUACACGGGAGGAUCUUGUCAAUGAUCUCAAGGCAGCUGGGACCAUAGUCACGAAGAAAACAAUUGGUAACACACUACGCCGUGAAGGACUGAAAUCCUGCAGCGCCCGCAAGGUCCCCCUGCUCAAGAAAGCACAUAUACAGGCCCGUCUGAAGUUUGCCAAUGAACAUCUGAAUGAUUCAGAGGAGAACUGGGUGAAAGUGUUGUGGCACCAUGUACUGUCAAAUCUUGGGUGAGAACCUCCUUCCCUCAGCCAGGUCAAUGAAAAUGGGUCGUGGAUGGGUAUUCCAGCAUGACAAUGACCCAAAACACACGGCCAAGGCAACAAAGGAGUGGUUCAAGAAGAAGCACAUUAAUGUCCUGGAGUGGCCUAGCCAGUCUCCAGACCUUAUCCCAUAGAAAAUCUGUGGAGGGAGCUGAAGGUUCGAGUUGCCAAACGUCAGCCUCGAAACCUUAAUGACUUGGAGAAGAUCUGCAAAGAGGAGUGGGACAAAAUUCCUCCUGAGAUGUGUGCAAACCUGGUGGCCAACUACAAGAAACGUCUGACCUCUGUGAUUGCCAAAAAAGGUUUUGCCACCAAGUACUAAGUCAUGUUUUGCAGAGCGGUCAAAUACUUAUUUCCCUCAUUAAAAUGCAAAUCAAUUUAUAACAUUUUUGACAUGCGUUUGACUGGAUUUUGUUGAUGUUAUUCUGUCUCUCACUGUUCAAAUAAACCUACCAUUACAAUUAUAGACUGAUCAUGUCUUUGUCAGUGGGCAAACGUACAAAAUCAGCAGGGGAUCAAAUAAUUUUUUCCCUCACUGUAGGUGGGACAACCACAUAUCUUAUUCAUAGUAAGUCACUCUGGAUAAGACCGUCUGCUAAAAGACAAACAUGUAAAAUGUACAUUUAAAAAUGUACUGGUGCUCUGUUUACACUAAAUGCAUAUGGUUGAUAAUGUGUUUGAGAACGUUAUAAUACACUGUAUCUAUGUAGCAUCACACUUGUUUUUUUUUAGCAAAUAUGAGUCGUUUGUUCUAUAUCGAAGUCAAGAAGUGUGAACAAAAUUUAAUUUUUUGUUUACAUUUUAGAGUCAAAUAAAUGGUCGGGUUACUUGCAACAAAUGUAGCCUAUAUAAUCUGUCAAUGAACGACUCAUUCAUUGUGUCCUCACAAACUUGGUACAAAAUUCCAUGUGAAACAGCCCAGAAGGUAGAGGUCUGUUUAACUAAUCCUCCGUUUCUGUUCUAAACCAGCCAGGAGAAUAGGGAAGCUGUUGAAAAAGAAAAAUACUGUCCAUUUCUAUCUUUAACAAAUUUAUGCUUAUCAUGAAAAGCUUAUUUUUUGUUGUUUAAAUAUGCAUGAGUUGACAGACACCGCAUCCGCUGUUUGCUCAUUCAAUUUGGGGGUUUGGACAGUGAAUAAGAGUGGGUUAAAAUGGUAAGUUGGUUGUUAGUUACUGUCUAUUGUGUAAAGGGAGUUUCUCACUUUCAAAGAGGGCAUGCCAACCUAGGCUUCCACCCAUCCCCUUUGAAGAGGGGCAGGCGUCCCAGUGGAUUGUGUAGCCAACUAGGUUAUUUCCUCAUGCUGAUUGCAGCACCUGGACAAGGACAAAGUGGACCUGAUACUCUAUCUAUCCAGCACUGCAUCUUUUACUACCAGGCUAUAACCUGACACAUUUAUAGGGUACAACGUUCACUGGAUUGAAAAAAGCUUACGUUUCAAUGACUUUUCUGUGGUAAAAAAUCAGUAUUUGAUAAUAUCAGUGAAUAUAACAGUGAUACGAUGUUUUAACUACAUAAAUGAUAAUAUCUUGAUUGGCAUGAUAUGUUAUAGAAUGAAUAUACAUUGGCAUUGGGGACUCAUGUUGGUAACCCUUGGAGAUGUUGAACUGUCCUUUUAAACUUUCCAUAAAACUAGUAGUGUAAGAUACGGCUCUUCUGGCAGUACCUCACAUUUAUAAAUGGAACCACCAGUGUUGGGGAAGCUACUCUGAAAGAUAAUUUACCAAGCUACCAAUUACUUCACACUGAAAGCUACACUAAAGCUACCCUUAAGAAAAAUAUAUACUGAACAAAAAUAUAAACGCAACAUGUAAAAUGUUGGUACCAUGUUUCAUGAGCUGAAAUAAAAGAUCCCAGAAAUUUUCCAUAUGAACAAAAAGCUUAUAUCUCUCAAAUGUUGUGCACAAAUUUGUUUACAUCCCUGUGAGUGAGCAUUUCUCAUUUGCCAAGAUAAUCCAUCCACCUGACAGGUGUGGCAUAUCAAUAAUAAUAAUAUGCCAUUUAGCAGACGCUUUUAUCCAAAGCGACUUACAGUCAUGCGUGCAUAAAUUUUUUCGUGUAUGGGUGGUCCAGGGGUUCGAACCCACUACCUUGGCAUUACAAGCGCCGUGCUCUACCAGCUGAGCUACAGAGGACCACCAUAUCAAGAAGCUGAUUAAACAUCAUGAUCAUUACACAGGUGCACCUUGUGCUGGGGACAAUAAAAGGCCACUAAAAUGUGCAGUUUUGUGACACAACACAAUGCCACAGAUGUCUCAAAUUUUGAGGGUGCAUGCAAUUGGUAUGCUGAUUGCAGGAAUGUACACCUGAGCUGUUGCCAGAGAAUUUAAUGUUAAUUUCUCUACCAUAAGCCGCCCCCAACGUCAUUUUAGAGAAUUUGGCAGUAUGUCCAAUCGGCCUCACAACCGCAGACCAUGUGAAACCACGCCAGCCCAGGACCUCCACAUCCGGCUUUUUAACCUGCGGGAUCGUCUGAGACCAGCCACCCAGACAGCUGAUGAAACUGAGGAGUAUUUCGGUCUGUAAUAAAGCCCUUUUGUGGGGAAAAACUGGCUCCCCAGUGGGUGGGCUUGGCUCCCAAGUGGGUGGGACUAUGCUGCGUCCCUGCCCAGUCAGGUGAAGUCCAUAGAUUAGGGCUUAAUUUAUUUAUUUCAAUUGACUGAUUUCCUUAUAUGAACUGUAACUCAGUAAAAUCGUUGAAAUUGUUGCAUGUUGCGUUUAUAUUUUUGUUCAGUAAUAAUUUACUUAACUAAAGUUACUUUGAAAAAGUAGUUCACUACAUCCAAACUACUUGGUGAAAAAUCUGAAAUGGCAUAGACUACAAACUACAAGAACAGAUCACUUUGGGGUCAUAUGUUAACAAAAUGUGUCAUUUAACCUCUUAAACACAAAAACUAUGUUUUAAGUGAGAAUUGGGCAGGUCUAAUGCUGAAAAAGAAAGGAAAUUGUUGCCUAAGCAUAUACAACUUUUGCAAAAAAAGGUAGUGUGUAGUUCCAGUAUUUAGCUACACCACUACAUGGCAAAAAAAAGUAAUGAACUACUGAAAACACUACUUAGAUGUGAAUUUAGUUAAACUACCACCAAGCUGCUGGAAAAUGUAAUUAAAUUACUAGUUGAACUACAUGUAGUUCACUACUCCCUAACACUGGUAACCACAUUCACAUCCUUUAGUUUCAUACUUUUUGCAUCUGCCCGUUAGAGAGAGAGCCCAAUACAAUACUUUUUUAUUUUAAAAAUAAUAUUGCUUUUGUACUCUGGUCAUAAAAUAAAUAUGCAAAUAGCUGGCAUCUAUUCAUUUAAUAAAGCAAGUUUUCUCGCAAAGGUAAUAUUGCUUCGAUACUCUGACCUUGAAAUGAAUAUGCAGUUGCUGUAUUGUUUGCGUUCCUUUCUGACACCUUGACCUUUAACCUUUUGCAGGAGCUGAUCACGGCGUGGUACAUUGGCUUCCUCUGCCUCAUCCUGGCAUCCUUCCUGGUCUACCUGGCAGAGAAAGAGGACAAUGACCAGUUUGAGACCUACGCAGACGCACUGUGGUGGGGCCUGGUAAGUCACUCUGAGCCUGGUUCCACAUGUCCUUACAAACCAUACCCAGCAGUUGCUAAUAGGAGAAUGUCUGUCCCCACAAAACACUCAGCGGUUGCUAAUAAGAGAAUGUAUGUAUGUCCCCACAAAACACUCAGUGGUUGCUGAUAGGAGAAUGUAUGUAUGUCCCCACAAAACACUCAGCGGUUGCUAAUAAGAGAAUGUAUGUAUGUCCCCACAAAACACUCAGCGGUUGCUAAUAAGAGAAUGUCUGUAGGUCCCCACAAAACACUCAGCGGUUGCUAAUAAGAGAAUGUCUGUAGGUCCCCACAAAACACUCAGUGGUUGCUGAUAGGAGAAUGUAUGUACUGUAUGUCCCCACAAAACACUCAGCGGUUUCUAAUAGGAUACGUUUGUCAGGUCCCAACAAAACAUCCUGCACUUGUUUUAAACUGAAUUUGUGGACGUCCCCAUGAAAUAGCCAGUUCUUUAACAGCAACAUUUCAGUCACCACACCCAGCAUUUCUUAAUAGGAUAAUUUCUAUAGGUUCUUAUAAAACACCCAGUACUUGUGUGAACUGGGAAUCUAAAGGAAGAGGAGAUUAGUGUAAUUCAACCUUGGGACUUAACAUGACCGAUGGUAUCUUCUUAUGUCACCCUUCACGAGAGACGAUCUGAAUAACAGCCUCGGAGAAUGAUUGUCUUGUUACAUGUAACAGCUUUGUGUGAGAUGAAAAAACACUGUGAAUAUUGAUAACAGAGGUGUAAUUCAAGAUGUCUGCCAAUUGCCUUCUCAGAUCACCCUGACUACCAUUGGGUACGGAGACAAGUUUCCCAUAACGUGGAAUGGACGUCUUCUCGCCGCAACCUUCACCUUGAUUGGAGUAUCUUUCUUUGCACUUCCAGCAGUAAGACGCUUUUAUCCAAAGACAUGACUGAAGUAACUUAUUAAUGUGCACUGAAGAUACUCAGAAAAUGAGUGCCCAAAGCAUCUGCAAUUUGAUAGUCAAGUGUUACUCUGAAGUAAGAGUUCAUAAUAUAACUGUGAAUUAGUCAUGUUUUCCAGAGGCUUGUUGUUGUGACUAACGGCUUGUCUGUAUCUCUAAGGGUAUCUUGGGCUCUGGCUUUGCCUUGAAGGUCCAGGAGCAACAUCGACAAAAACACUUUGAGAAGAGGCGGAAUCCUGCGGCAGGGCUUAUUCAGGUAAAUAAACCAGGAGCGGGUAAGCUCUAAAAAACAACAUUUAGAGCGUUUUCACUCAAAUAUGGUAUCCUGGUGAUAUGGUAUCUUGGUGAUAUGUUAUCCUGUUGAUAUGGUAUCCUGGUGAUAUGGUAUCUUGGUGAUAUGGUAUCCUGGUGAUAUGGUAUCCUGGUGAUAUGGCAUCCUGGUGGUAUGGUAUCCUGGUGAUAUGGCAUCCCGGUGGUAUGGUAUCCUGGUGAUAUGGUAUCCUGGUGGGGUUCUAUAGACUCUGGGAUCCUGGGAAUUUCACAAAAUACUCUUUGCUUUCACAAUAAUGGAAAUUAACAGCUUCAGGGUACUCUUUCCAAGACAAACAUUCUACAUGACGUUCCCAUGCUAGCUUGUUCAAAUGUGGCAAAACGUUCCAUGUGGCAGGCACCUUGUCACAAUACCUGUUACUCUAGUCCUGGAUCCUGAACCAACUUCUCAGUCAACUACUAGAAUGAACACCAAACACUCCAAGAGCCCAAUCAGACAAUGAUGUGAAAACACCAAACACUCCAAGAGCCCAAUCAGACAAUGAUGUGAAAACACCAAACACAGGCCAGAGAAAGACAGCUUAGACAGUACACACACAGUGACACGGUUGAUAGAUAUCGGAGUGUGUGUUGCUUCUGCCAAGACAUAUGAGUAAUAGGGCUCACUUAGUAAUUCCCUUCUUGCUGUUCAUAUGUGCUUGGCUGUUUUGAAAUGCAUAUAGUGUACAAGCAAAGAUUUGUAUGAAAACAUAAAGGAAACGCUGUAUUCAUUACCUUCCUUUUAAAACCAUGCACUGCUCUCUCUCUCUCUCUCUCUUUCUAUUUCUCUCUCUCUAUGGCGCGCGAAGGCGCAGCUGAGGAGAGGGGGCAAGGGAGGAGGCAGACGGCAGCGAGCAGAGGGAGCGAUCGGAGGAGAGAGAAGAGAGCGAAUAUGGUGAGAGAGCGAAGGAGGAGGAGAGAGAGACGAGAGAGAGAGAGAGAGAGCGAGAGGAGAGGAGAGCUGCGAGAGAUAUCGCGAGAUGUUAGUCGCUCUCUCGAUCUAUCUCGAGCCUAUAUUCAUCUCUAUCUCUCUCUCUCUACUCUCUCUCUCUCGCUCCUCUUCUCGCUCGCUCCUCUCUCUCUCUCUCUCUCUCUCCUCUCUCUCUCACUCCUUUAUUUCAUCUCUCUCUCUCUCUUCUCGAGUUCAAUCUCCUCGCUCUCAAUUCAAUUCAAUUCAUUUCAAUUCAAUUAAGGGCUUUAUUGGCAUGGGAAACGUAUGUUAACAUUGCCAAAGCAAGUGAAGUAGAUAGUAAACAAAAGUGAAAUAAACAAUAAAUAUUAACAGUAAACAUUACACUCAGAAGUUCCAAAAGAAUAAAGACAUUUCAAAUGUCAUAUUAUGUAUAUAUACAGUGUUGUAACAAUGUACAAAUAGUUAAAGUACAAAUGGGAAAAUAAAUAAACAUAAAUAUGGGUUGUAUUUACGAUGGUGUUUGUUCUUCACUGGUUGCCCCUUUCUUGUGGCAACAGGUCACAAAUCUUGCUGAUGUGAUGGCACACUGUGGUAUUUCACCCAGUAGAUAAGGGAGUUUAUCAAAAUUGGGUUUGUUUUUUAAUUCUUUGUGGAUCUCUGUAAUCUGAGGGAAAUAUGUGUCUCUAAUUGUCACGAAUUCAGCCGAGGCUGCCCCUCCUCCUUGCUCGGGCAGGUUUCGGCGUCACCGGCUUACUAGCCACUACCGCUCCAUUUAUCAUCACUCCAUUUGUCUUGUCUUGUCUUGUCUUGUCAAUCACACACACCUGGUACUCAUUCCCUCAUUAGUCUGUGUAUAAGUGUUCCCUCUGCCCCCUUGUCCUUUGUGAGUGAUUGUUCAUUGUGAGAGUGAGUAGCUCGGUUGAGCUACUCUUUCCUUGUAUGUAGCCAAGGUGGAUUUUUUCCUUGUGCUAGUUUUGUUUUGACGCUUGCUGCGCUUUAUUCAUGUACACUGAAUAAACUCUGGAUUUCAGUGUUUUACCUCCUGCGCCUGACUCCGUCAUUCACACCUCAUCACAGAAUCACUCUCUAUAGAGUCAGCAGGAGAGGAGCGCAUGCCUGGAAUAGUGACAAGGGUCCAGGAACAUUCCACUAUGCUGGCCAGCUUGGGGGAAGCGAUGGAUCGGGUUCUUCAGGUCAUCCAAUGCCUGGAGAGAAGAGGAACCGAUCCGUCGAGACCAGCUGGCCAACCGGAUCCAGCCACCUACAUCACAGCACCUGGAGGGAUCCUGAUAUCUCGACCACGGGCGUUCGAUGGGACGCCGGCUCUAUGUCAGGGAUUCCUUCUCCAACUGGAGCUGUACUGCUCCAGUGUCAGGCCGGCGCCAUUAGAUUGAGAGCAGGUGUCCGUCCUCAUUUCCUGCCUCUCGGGGAAAGCCCUGGAGUGGGCCAAUGCGGUUUGAAGAGAAGGUGGAGCCGUGUUGGAGGACUACAGGGAGUUCGCCCGCCUAUUUCGGCAGCUGGUCCACUUGAGGCAGGGUACGAGGAUAGUACAGGAGUUCGCACUGGAGUUCCGGAUUCUGGCAGCAGGAUCCGGGUGGAACGAGUGGGCCCUGAUCAACCAGUUCCGGUGCCAUCUACGGGAGGACGUCCGACGGGAGCUAGCCUGCCGUGACACCAGUUUGUCUUUUACUGAACUGGUGGACAUGGCCAUUCGUCUGGAUAACCUGCUGGCAACCAGAGGACGUCCUGGAGGAGGUCUGCCCGUUCCCGCCCCGACCAACGCGGAUCCAGAGCUCAUGGAGCUGGGUGGUACCGCGCACCAAGAGAGCGGAAGACGACAGCGCCAGUGCCAAUCGGAUGGCACGAAGGGACAUAUCACCCCAGGUAUUGAGCACCCACACUUGUUCAUAGCCCUCUGCUGCGCACUGUACCAUACCCAUAUACUUCCCUGAUUACAUGAGAGUUCCCAAGUGUAAGGCGCUAGUAGAUUCAGGCACAGCUGGGAACUUUAUGGAUAAAACUUUCGCACGCCGCCAGGGCAUUUCAUUAGUCCCCUAUCCAUUCCACGCCCCAUCAGAGCACUCGAUAGUCGACCAUAGGGUCUGGGUUGAUAAAGGAAGUCACGGUACCAGUCACCAUGAUCACACAGGAGACACAUUGUGAGCAGGUCACUUUUUCCAUCAUUGAGUCUCCUGCUUUCCCUGUGGUGUUAGGUAUUCCGUGGCUAGCACUUCACAAUCCCACUUUCUCAUGGCCGCAGAGGGUUCUCACGGGGUGGUCGCGAGAGUGUCAGGGUAGGUGUCUGGGUGUUUCCGAUGGUGCAACCACGGUGGAAAGUGCAGACGGUGCCUCCACCAUGCGCAUUCCCCCCGAAUACCAUGAUCUGGCACAAGUUUUCUCCAAGAAUAAAGCAACUAAAUUGCCACCUCAUCGGGCGGGGGAUUGCGCAAUAAACCUUCGGGUAGACGCUGUACCUCCCAGGAGUCAUGUGUAUCCCCUGUCGCAGGCAGAGACUGAGGCUAUGGAGACAUACAGUGGGGGGAAACAAUUAUUUAGUCAGCCACCAAUUGUGCAAGUUCUCCCACUUAAAAAGAUGAGAGAGGCCUGUAAUUUUCAUCAUAGGUACACGUCAACUAUGACAGACAAAAUGAGGGAAAAAAAUUCAGAAAAUCACAUUGUAGGAUUUUUAAUGAAUUUAUUUGCAAAUUAUGGUGGAAAGUAAGUAUUUGGUCAAUAACAAAAGUUUCUCAAUACUUUGUUAUAUACCCUUUGUUGGCAAUGACACAGGUCAAACGUUUUCUGUAAGUCUUCACAAGGUUUUCACACACUGUUGCUGGUAUUUUGGCCCAUUCCUCCAUGCAGAUCUCUAGAGCAGUGAUGUUUUGGGGCUGUCGCUGGGCAACACGGACUUUCAACUCCCUCCAAAGAUCUUCUAUGGGGUUGAGAUCUGGAGACUGGCUAGGCCACUCCAGGACCUUGAAAUGCUUCUUACGAAGCCACUCCUUCGUUGCCCGGGCGGUGUGUUUGGGAUCAUUGUCAUGCUGAAAGACCCAGCCACGUUUCAUCUUCAAUGCCCUUGCUGAUGGAAGGAGGUUUUCACUCAAAAUCUCACGAUACAUGGCCCCAUUCAUUCUUUCCUUUACACGGAUCAGUCGUCCUGGUCCCUUUGCAGAAAAACAGCCCCAAAGCAUGAUGUUUCCACCCCCAUGCUUCACAGUAGGUAUGGUGUUCUUUGGAUGCAACUCAGCAUUCUUUGUCCUCCAAACACGACGAGUUGAGUUUUUACCAAAAAGUUCUAUUUUGGUUUCAUCUGACCAUAUGACAUUCUCCCAAUCCUCUUCUGGAUCAUCCAAAUGCACUCUAGCAAACUUCAGACGGGCCUGGACAUGUACUGGCUUAAGCAGGGGGACACGUCUGGCACUGCAGGAUUUGAGUCCCUGGCGGCGUAGUGUGUUACUGAUGGUAGGCUUUGUUACUUUGGUCCCAGCUCUCUGCAGGUCAUUCACUAGGUCCCCCCGUGUGGUUCUGGGAUUUUUGCUCACCGUUCUUGUGAUCAUUUUGACCCCAUGGGGUGAGAUCUUGCGUGGAGCCCCAGAUCGAGGGAGAUUAUCAGUGGUCUUGUAUGUCUUCCAUUUCCUAAUAAUUGCUCCCACAGUUGAUUUCUUCAAACCAAGCUGCUUACCUAUUGCAGAUUCAGUCUUCCCAGCCUGGUGCAGGUCUACAAUUUUGUUUCUGGUGUCCUUUGACAGCUCUUUGGUCUUGGCCAUAGUGGAGUUUGGAGUGUGACUGUUUGAGGUUGUGGACAGGUGUCUUUUAUACUGAUAACAAGUUCAAACAGGUGCCAUUAAUACAGGUAACGAGUGGAGGACAGAGGAGCCUCUUAAAGAAGUUACAGGUCUGUGAGAGCCAGAAAUCUUGCUUGUUUGUAGGUGACCAAAUACUUAUUUUCCACCAUAAUUAGCAAAUAAAUUCAUAAAAAAUUCUACAAUGUGAUUUUCGGGAAAAAAAAUUCUCAGUUUGUCUGUCAUAGUUGACGUGUACCUAUGAUAUAAAUUACAGGCCUCUCUCAUCUUUUUAAGUGGGUGAACUUGCCCAAUUGGUGGCUGACAACUUUUUUUCCCCACUGUACGUCACCGAGUCCUUGUGCCAGGGGUACAUACGUCCCUCCACUUCACCCGCCUCCUCGAGUUUAUUUUUUGUGAAGAAGAAAGACGGCGGUCUGCGCCCGUGAAUUGACUAUCGACCACUGAACAAGGAGACUAUUAGAUUUAAUUAUCCUCUCCCCCUCAUUCCAUCAGUGGUUGAGUCAUUGCAUGGAGCGCGCUUCUUCACUAAAUUAGAUCUCAGGAGUGCGUACAACCUGGUGCGUAUCCGAGAGGGAGAUGAGUGGAAGACAGCAUUCAGCACAACCACGGGGCAUUAUGAAUACCUGGUGAUGCCCUAUGGUUUGAUGAAUGCUCCCUCAGUCUUCCAGUCCUUUGUGAACGAGGUGUUUCGGGACAUGCUUGGUCGCGGUGUAGUGGUCUACAUCGAUGGCAUCUUGGUGUAUUCCGCUACGCGCGCCGAGCAUGUGUCCCUGGUUCGCAAAGUACUGGCCCGACUGUUGGAAAAUGACCUUUAUGCUAAGGCAGAAAAGUGUAUGUUUUUCCAGCAGUCCGUCUCCUUCCUCGGAGACCGCAUUACCACCUCAGGUGUGGAGAUGGAGGGAGACCGCAUUGCAGCCGUGUGUAAUUGGCCAACUCCAACCACGGUAAAGGAGGUGCAGUGCUUCCUUGGCUUCGCCAACUAUUAUCUGAGGUUUAUCCGGGGAUUUGGCAAGGUCGCAGCUCCCAUUACAUCUCUGUUGAAGGGUGGGCCGUCCUGGCUCCGCUGGUCUGCUGAGGCUGACAGGGCCUUCAGUAACCUGAGGGAACUGUUCACCUUGGCCCCGGUACUGGCCCACCCCGAUCCAUCACUACCGUUUGUAGUGGAGGUGGAUGCGUCCGAGGUUGGGAUGGGAGCAGUCCUGUCUCAACCCUCGGGCACGCCACCCAAGUGCGUUCUUCUCAAAGAAGCUCAGCCCGGUGGAGCAGAACUACGGCGUUGGUGAUCGGGAGCUGUUGGCUAUUGUCCGAGCUCUGACCAUGUGGAGACAUUGGCUCGAGGGGGCUAAACACCCAUUCCUCGUCUGGACAGACCACCGUAACCUGGAGUACAUCCGGGCAGUGAGGAGGCUGAAUCCUCACCAGGCCAGGUGGGCCCUAUUCUUCACCCGGUUUGAUUUCACACUGUCAUACAUUCCGGGUACGAAGAACGUGAAGGCAGACGCACUGUCCCAGCUGUAUAAUACAGAGGAGAGGCCCAGAGACAAUACCCCCAUACUGCCAGACUCAUGCAUUGUGGCGCUGGUAGUAUGGGCAAUGGACGCGGAUAUAGCGCAGGCAUUACGCACAGAUCCAUCUCCACCGCAGUGCGCCCAGUGUAAGGCACCUCCCAGCGGGUAAGUUAAAACCUUUAACAGUUCCACAACAACCAUGGUCUCAUUUGAGUGUUGAUUUUUUAAACUGAUCUGCCUCUCUCUCAAGGGAACACCACCAUCCUGGUCGUUGUGGACCGCUUUUCGAAGGCCUGCCGCCUCCUUCCUCUGCCCGGUCUCCCCACGGCUCUGCAAACUGUGGAGGCCCUGUUUACACAUGUCUUCCGGCACUACGGGGUACCAGAGGAUAUAGUGUCUGACCGGGGUCCCCAGUUCACGUCAAAAGUUUGUAAGGCGUUCAUGGAACGUCUGGGAGUCUCGGUCAGCCUGACCUCUGGGUUCCACCCUGAGAGUAAUGGGCAGGUGGAACGGGUAAAUCAGGAUGUGGGUAGGUUCCUGAGGUCCUAUUGCCAGGACUGGCCGGGGGAGUGGUCGGUGUUCCUGAGCCCGCGGUUUGUAGGGCCGUUCAAAGUCCUGAGGAGAAUCAACAAGGUCACAUAUAGGUUAUUACCCUCCCCUGAUUACCGUAUUAACCCCUCGUUUCAUGUAUCUCUCCUCAGGCCGGUGGUGGUUGGUCCGCUCCAGGAGUCUGAGGUGCGGGAGGUCCCUCCACCUCCUUUGGACAUCGAGGGGCGCCGGCGUACUCUGUCCGUUCCAUACUGGAUUUGAGGCGCCGGGUGGGGGGCCUUCAGUACCUCGUGGAGUGGGAAGGGUACGGUCCGGAGGAACGGUGCUGGGUCCUGGUGAGGGAUAUCCUCGAUCCCUCUCUGUUGAGUGACUUCCAUUGUCGCCAUCUGACUCGCCCUGCUCACCCGUCCUCCUGGCCGUCCCCGAGGCCGGUGUCGGCGCGCUGCUGGAGCUGCGCGUCAAGGGGGGGGGUACUGUCACGAAUUCAGCCGAGGCUGCCCCUCCUCCUUACUCGGGCAGGUUUAGGCGUUCGUUGUCACCGGCUUACUAGCCACUACCGCUCCAUUUAUCAUCACUCCAUUUGUCUUGUCUUGUCAAUCACACACACCUGGUACUCAUUCCCUCAUUAGUCUGUGUAUAAGUGUUCCCUCUGCCCCCUUGUCCUUUGAGUGAUUGUUCAUUGUGAGAGUGAGUAGCUCGGUUGAGCUACUCUUUCCUUGUAUGUAGACAAGGUGGAUUUUUCCCUUGUGCUAGUUUCGUUUUGACGCUUGCUGCGCUUUAUUCAUGUACACUGAAUAAACUCUGGAUUUCUGUGUUUUACCUCCUGCGCCUGACUCCGUCAUUCACACCUCAUCACACUAAUAUGGUCAUACAUUUGGCAGGAGGUUAGGAAGUGCAGCUCAGUUUCCACCUCAUUUUGUGGGCAGUGUGCACAUAGCCUGUCUUCUCUUGAGAGCCAGGUCUGCCUAUGGCAGCCUUUCUCAAUAGCAAGGCUAUGCUCACUGAGGCUGUACAUAGUCAAAGCUUUCCUUAAGAUUGGGUCAGUCACAGUGGUCAGGUAUUCUGCCACUGUGUACUCUCUGUUUAGGGCCAAAUAGCAUACUAGUUUGCUCAGUUUUUUUGUUAAUUCUUUCCAAUGUGUCAAGUAAUUAUCUUUUAGUUUUCUCAUGAUUUGGUUGGGUCUAAUUGUGUUGUCUCUCUCUCGCUCCUCUAUGUCAUCUCUCUCUCUCUCUCUCCUCAGGCCGCAUGGCGCUUCUAUGCCACUAAUCUCACCCGGCCAGACCUGGAGUCGACGUGGGAUUAUUACGAACGCACCGUAUCCUCACCGAUGUACAGGUAUUGAUAUAUAGUAAAUCAGCACCUAGAUUUAAAUUGGCCCCGUCUGCUCCUCUCCGGUGUCAGCUGAGACGGAUCCAGCUAUCGCUGCCUCCAUCGAUCCACCACUCUGACCUUUGCACAUUCCUUUCCCCUCUAUCUGAAGGUUAAUGAAGAUGUCUAAUCAGCAUCUAUGUAGAGGCUACGGGCCUGAUUGAUUGUUAUUGGUCCAAGUCAAUAGAAGUUUAGUUAUAGUAAUAACAAUCUGAAGGUUAAUGUAGAUGUCUAAUCAGGAUCUACAGGUAACUGCCAAAAUGAAAGAAACGCCAACAUAAAUUGUCUUAAUAGGGCGUUGGGCCACCAUGAGCCGCCAGAACAGCUUCAAUGCGCCUUGGUAUAGAUUCUACAAGUGUACAUUUCGUACUAAAUUCUGGCAUAUGUGGAGAUUGUAGGAUUUGCGUGUGGCACAAAUUAUUGGCAUUUAUCAAACUGUCGCACGCAACAUAUAUUCAUGUUUUCAUUGAGAAAUCAGAUACAUACUAUAUUUGUGGGUUCGUGAACGAGUGCUACAACCCCGCCUGGAAAACACCCUCCAUUCACCUGUUUAUGGUAACAAAACCACUAUCAUUUGCUGUAUGAUUUGGAGAUGUUGGAACUGGACUACGAUCGUUUCUAAAAGAAAUCGCAAUAGAAAAUUAGAUCACAAUUCUGUAGCGGUGUGGGCAGAAUGUUGCAGUGACUUUUUCAAAUAAAGAAUGCAUGCUGACUAGCGAGUGCCAAACACUGGCCGCGCAUUCUGAAAGAUUUAUCGUCCUUUCGAACUAUUUAAAAGUAAAUGCUACAGCCCACACUUCUAUGCAAAAUAAGAAUUGUUGUUCAAUAUUUUGUUUAUCAAUAGAAACAUAAUAAUCUAUCUCCUGCCUUGGUAUUGGCUCUGAGAUUAAAUAGGCUAGGCAAUGAUGUCACGCUUCAAUCUCACAGCAACACUGUAGCCUACCCAUACUGCCAAAGACUGUCAAGGCUACCGGUGUAUUUACUUUCAAGCAUGCUUGGCUAUUGAAUGAGCAACGGAUAAAUGGUAAACUAAUAUUUGUUGUUUAGCGGGAAUAAACCAGUCAUGUUAGAAAAGGAGAGACAUGUCCUGUAAUAUGAUUAUCAUUUAGACCUACAGUAAAUAGAUAUAUUAUAUGACAUGCUGCUAAGCAAUCUCCUUACCAACGGGCAAAUGGAUCUGUUUUAUCAUUAGGUCUAUGUUUUAAUGUUUUUAUUAGCCUACCCUUAUUAGAAUUCCUGUGCAUCAAACAUCUCCCAUUUCCCCCAAACAAACAAUAAGCCUAUUUGCCUGCAAUACAGUUGAUCAGCCUUCUACAAGUUGUGCCCAUGCAUGGUUUGAGGUUUGCGUGUAGAUAAAUACACUUUCCCAUCAAUUUAAACAUUUAUAUAUACCAACCUUUGCAGGAAAACUGGCACAUGCAAGGUUUAGUCUUUUUUGUGUGCACACAUCUUUGAUAAAUGAGGCCCGAGGUGACUGAGACACACACACACACACACACACACACACACACACACACACACACCCUUUAAACCCCCUAUGCUCCUGUAAGACCCCUCUUUCAAAGUCACUGAGAUCUCUUCUUCUAGCCAUGGUAACCAAAAUAAUAUUAUGGGAUGUUUUAAUUGUUUAAUUAACUCAGGAACCACCCCUGUGUGGAAGCACCUGCUUUCAAUAUACGUUGUAUCCCUCAUUUACUCAAGUGUUUCCUUUAUUUUGGCACUUACCUGAUAGAGGCUAAGGGCCCGAUGGAAUUUUUAGUCCAAGCCAAUAGACGAAUACCUCAUUAUAAUAAUAAAUGACAAAUAAUUUAUAUCCUAAGUGGCUCACAACAGCAGGUGCAUACAUUUUCGUAUCAUGGCGCCGUACUCUACCAACUGAACCACAGGACGUUUAUAUUACAUUACAUUUUACCACAUGGAUUCGUUUCAAAAGGAUGGUAUUUAUUAUAGAAAUGUACGUAUGAUAUAGUUCUAAAGGAAAUGUCAAGGUUUAAUGUGGUCUUUGUAUUUGUUUAUGGAAGAAAAACUGCACAAGCUCACUUCAUCCCACGAGAUCAUGUGUUGACAGACAGAGGUGGAUUGUCAUUAGCAAAAAUAGCUUUUUAUCUACGCCCCUUUCUGGUGUGGUUUUCCAAGGUGCUGCUUGUCUGGAAUAGUAGGGUACUCACUAGGAACCGAACAGAAUCAAACAAACCUAAACGGGGAGAGAAAAUCGGAACUAUCUGAAACUAGUUUCUAUUACAAAAAUACGAACCAGAAAACGUCAACACCAACCACCUGAGACUAAUUAUAAUACUUGCUUUUCGUUCUAGCCUGUAUGCAAAUUGUGAAAAUAAAUAAUUUAUGAGAUGCAAAUCACACCUACUUUAGCAGAUUUGGAAUGGGCGUCUUUGGAAUAUGUGAAACCACAGCUCCAAUCCCAUGUCGGGGUGUAACUGGUAUCAGUUUGGAUGUUUUGUUCCCUCUUUGACUUCAACAUAUUGCUCAGUAUUAGAUGGGUGCUGUUGCAGGCAGGCACUGACUGUGUUUUACGAUAAUUAUUUAUCUCAUGUCGUCAGGGUCUGGCAGUGCAAGCUUUUUGAUGUCCACCUAAAAUGUUUGAUUGAUGCCUGGCCUUUCCUGCUUUGUCAGAGAGGAGAAAUGCCACCUAGACCUUUACUUUAUGGAGCCCACCACACCAGUGACCUUAUAUUUCCAUUUCAUUUUACCCCCCACUCAAUGUCCGGUAACACAUGCUCACACACACACACAUGCACACCACACACACACACACACACACACACACACACACGGAAUAGCACAGACACACACAUGGCACAGCAUACCAUAAUGGACACAUACACACACACACACACACACACACACGUUGUGAGACAAAUAAAAAAGACUGACGCUUUCCCCUCUGUUCCGUUUCAAAUUCAAUUUGGAUGAAUUAUGGUUCACAAUUUCCGUUGGUUUGUAACAAUUUGGUGACAUUGACAUGCUUGCCAAAGCAUACUGUUUGUGUUUAGUUAUUUAUCUUAAUUUACUAGGCCAGAGGGAUAUACUACAACGCAGGAUCAAUGAGUUAGCCAGCUAACUUGCCUAAAUAUUCUGAAAUAACAUUACUUAUUUUUUUUGAAAGAUAAGCUUGAAAUGGGUAUGGUCUAAUUGUCUUAAUAAUCCAAAACACAUAUCGAAGUUUAGCUUUCUUAAUGAACCUGAAAAUCUGUAGCAAUUAGUUUUUGUAUAUCAAAGUUAGCUGGUUAACUCAUUGAACAUGAUUUGUAGUAUACCUCUUAGAUGUCUAGAUGUCUGACUUGAGAUUGAGUAUUGAUUGAUAGAGGGAAAAAUGCCUACCGGGGUGGGCCAUAUCUGGUUGUCGCAUGUUGGGCCAUAUCUGGUUGUCGCAUGUUGGGCCAUAUCUGGUUGUCGCAUGGUGGGCCAUAUCUGGUUGUCGCAUGGUGGGCCAUAUCUGGUUGUCGCAUGGUGGGCCAUAUCUGUCUGUCGCAUGUUGGGCCAUAUCUGGUUGUCGCAUGGUGGGCCAUAUCUGGUUGUCGCAUGGUGGGCCAUAUCUGUCUGUCGCAUGGUGGGCCAUAUCUGGUUGACGCAUGGUGGGCCAUAUCUGGUUGUCGCAUGGUGGGCCAUAUCUGGUUGUCGCAUGGUGGGCCAUAUCUGGUUGUCGCAUGGUGGGCCAUAUCUGGUUGUCGCAUGGUGGGCCAUAUCUGGUUGUCGCAUGGUGGGCCAUAUCUGGUUGUCGCAUGGUGGGCCAUAUCUGGUUGUCGCAUGGCGGGACAUAUCUGGUUGUCGCAUGGCGGGACAUAUCUGUCUGUCGCAUGGUGGGCCAUAUCUGGUUGUCGCAUGGUGGGACAUAUCUGGUUGUCGCAUGGUGGGCCAUAUCUGGUUGUCGCAUGGCGGGACAUAUCUGGUUGUCGCAUGGCGGGACAUAUCUGGUUGUCGCAUGGCGGGACAUAUCUGGUUCUCGCAUGGCGGGACAUAUCUGGUUGUCAUAUGGCGGGCCAUAUCUGGUUGUCACAUGGCGGGCCCAAGGCCAAAGGACUGGGUAUUUUUUACAUAAUCUGCAGAACAGGUUUCAUUGGAUACGGCAAGUCUUAGAUUAAAGUGUGCUAUGUGAUGUCUCAUAUGGAACAACAGGCUACUUCGAAAGUUGAGGGGUCUAAUUGGAUGCAAAGGCUGUAUGUCAACAGUGAAUUAUAAUUGAACAGAACAUUACGGAAGACAAGCAUCUAUUAUAAAAUGUUGGAAGAUGACUGAAUUGGAUAGUUAUUGCAGUUUUUUUAUAUUGUGUCAUAUAUUCUCUUAUCUGCAUUCUAAACAUGGAAGGAAAAUGCCAUCUUAGUUCUGGUUACAAGGCAAUUGAAAACGUCCUCCCAGAAUUCAAGCUUUUGGUAAGGAGAGGGAGGUACACAAAAUAAAGAAGGAAAUAUAUCGCCUACUACCCAUAGAUGGCACUGAUUGCAUCCUGAAUAAUAUAUACUGAGUGUAUAAAACAUUAGGAACACCGUCCUAAUAUUGAGUUGCACCCCUCUUUUGCCCUCAGAACAGCCUCAAUUCUUCAGGGCGUGGACGCUACAAGGUGUCGGAAGUGUUCCACAGGGAUGCUGGCCCAUGUUGACUGCAUUCUGUGAAGUGAAGCUGUGCUGUGGAAUGCUUUUUUCUGCUUCCCUGUAACACGACACGUCUUGUUUUUCUAAGUAGACUGAUCCCUCCGCUAAAUCAACUUGAUCUCCUAAGAAACCUGAAGAGCAAGUCGGGACUGUCAUUCAGGUCAGAAACAAUCUGAAUUCAUCACCUCCUAAAAUGCAAUUUGUCAUUAUAACAUUAUGGAAAAUAUAGCAUCAAUACAAUCAGACUUUUGCUUGAGAUUGACAGACUAUUGACAAUUGAAUGUGUGUGCAUUUGUGUGUGUUUCUGUUUUUGUGUUUGUUUGUGUGUGUGUGUGCAACUUUGUGUUUCCUGACCAAACAGAAAGGAAGCCCAAACGGAGCCCUCCCCAAGGUCAGUUUCAAAACAUUAUUUCACAACAACGUAAAAAAAAAUCUCCAACCCAAAUUUCCGGUUAGUUCCAAAGUGACCAGCAAGGUGACCAACUGCUUUGUAUACACGGGAUUCAUCCCAAAUAGCACCCUAUUCCCUAUAUACUGCACUACUUAGAAGUGCACUACAUAGGGAAUAGGGUGCCAUUUGGGAAGCAGACAAGGACACAUACAACAACACAGAGGCUUACUUACUGACACUCAUAUUAACCCAUCCAAUUCCUAACUAAUGAUGCAUGAUGGCUUGACAUCAAUGAGAACGUUAUUUAUGAGUGGGGGACAGUUGUGCCCUGACACUGUCCUCUGAUGGACUCCUGGCCAUGCUCAUAGGUAGUGCACGUGCUCAUAGGUAGUGCACGUGACCAUUCUCAUAGGUCGUGCAUGUGCUUACUCAGGCGAUUCAGUCAUAUGGCCACAGAUAUGUUGAGCUUGUGAAUGAGAAAAAGACAGGAUUAUGUGUUUCUGUUAGUGUUUUAGACAAGCCCAAUAAAAUGAGGAGAUUUAUUGAAAAACUUUAUUUGACUGAUUACUUACUGCCUAGUAAUUUAAAGAUGAUGAUACUCCAUUGACAAUAUUCACUUGGGGCCUUAAUGAAGGCAAUACCAAAACAUGGUAAACAACGAGUUACAUCAAUAGUAUCUGCUUACCAUAACUACAUAUAGGUCAGUUAGGUAAAUGAGAAUUUGCAUGAAUACACAGAAAAACACAGACUUGUAUUGCUGAAGUUGUAAUCACAGGACAUAACUCCUUUCAACAUCUUUUGACCCUCUGACCCCUUCCAGUCAGAAGGUCAGCCUGAAGGAGCGUGUGUUCUCCAGUCCCCGGAGCUCGGGGACCAAAGGGAAAGGUUCCCCCCAGGGCCCCAGCCAGGGCCAACCCAUCCGCCGGUCCCCCAGCGGAGACAACAGCAAUGAAGACAGCCCCAGCAAAGUGCCCAAGAGCUGGAGCUUCGGCGAACGCAGCCGGGCACGUCAAGCCUUCCGCAUCAAGGGAGCCACCUCGCGCCAAAACUCGGAAGGUAGGAGUACCUUAGUGUCUUUACACAAUGUGUUUCUGUGGUAUUUAAUAUGUUGAGUUUAGUCUAGCUUUUGAAUGAUGUGUUAUUCUUCAUGGCUUUAGUGUUGCAUCUUGGCAAUGGGUUUGUUGUGAUGUGAGCGUUCAGAUGGUACAACUAUUACCGUUGUAUUAUGUACUGUAUCUAUUGUGCCCAUUUUUUUGAUACUUUGCUCUCUAUUGUCUGUAGAAUCUGUGUUUCCUUGCUGUUUGGUUUAUUUGAAACCGACUUCGGACAGUACAAUUAGAGAAAGGCACAGUGUGGUGAUUAUGUUCUGCUGAUGUAGUUGAUAUAUAUAAAGUUAGGGGACAUCAAAGUUACAGAAAUUGUCAUAAUGCUACUUAAUGCUAUAAUAAGGGUUUGGUUAGCUACAUUACACUAUGGCAAGUUAUAACAAACAUUUGAACUGAUAAUGACAGCACCAUAACCACUGUCCUCGAUAUAGCUCUAUAAAACAGUUUCAUGUCGAACUCAUGAGUUCAUAACAAGUCUUAUAACAAUCCUAUUAGCAGUAUAUAUACUGAGUGUACAAAACAUUAGGAACACCUUCCUAAUAUUGAGUUGCAUCCCCUUUUGCCCUCAGAACAGCCUCAAUUCGUCGGGGCAUUUACUCUACAAGGUGUAGAAAGCCUUCCACAGGGAUGUUGGCCCAUGUUGACUCCAAUGCUUUCCACAGUUGUCAAGUUGGCUGGAUGUCCUUUGGGUGGUGAAAAACACAGCAGCGUUGCAGUUCUUGACACAAACCGGUGCGCCUGGCACCUACUACCCAUACUGUGUUCAAAGCCACUUAAAUCUUUUGUCUUGCACAUUCACCCUCUAAAUGGCACACAUACACAAUCCAUGUCUCAAGGCUUAAACAUUAUUCUUCAACCUGUCUCCUCCCCUUCAUCUACACUGAUUGAAGUGGAUUUACCAAGUUACAUCAAUAAGGGAUCAUAGCUUUCACCUGGAUUCACCUGGUCAGUCUAUGUCAUGGAAAGAGCAGGUGUUCUUAAUGUUUUGUCCACACAGUAUAUAGUAUUGGUAUGGUGACCACCUCUAUAUAGUGUUUAGAUAUUUAAGUGUUAAAGUGAUACUGCUAAUUAAUCGUAGAUAUUUAUCAUGAACAGCAUGGCAGCAUAUGUUUGAGCUAUAUGAGGUAUUUAUGUUAAACAUAUCCUGUCUGAGUAGUGUGUCUGUAUUGAUGCAAUUGUUGCUCUUGAUGAUGUUUUCUCUGUACCUUGACAGAAAACAUGCAUUUUAUGCAUGAUUGGCAAUACGCAAUCCUCAUCGAUUCCUUUUCGUUUCUUUGUUUGACGCUGUGCUAAAGUGCUGAUUGAGAUGCAGGAUGAAGAAUUCAGACACAAGAGCUCCCCAGGUCAGGCAAAGGGGGAGGGUUGUUGCACCAUCCCACGAUCAACACACCGAUAAACAAUAUAUAGAGGGACUCAUUGCCUAAUGUACAGAUAUGCAAUCAUGUUUUUGGUUUGGUAUGCUUUUUGGGCUGGUUCCCCAGACACAGAAGCCUAGUCCUGGACUAAAAAGCUCAAUGGAAAAUAUCCAUUAAAAGUGCUUUUAAAUCCAAGACUAGGUUUAAUCUGUGUCUGAGCAACCAGCCCUUCAUCUUUGAAAAAAGAUGAUGCCAUUUGACAAAUAGCUGUAAAGAGGUGAACAUACUGUAUAGUGCAGGAUAAAGUUGAUAUAUAUUUGCUGGCAUCACCUUCAUGUUUUCUGUUUGAUUGUCUUUUGUUUUUGAAUAUGACAUCAUAAAAACAUCUACCGGUACUUUGAAUACUAAUGAGAUGCUUGCUUGAGUUUCAUGUCUAAAUCAUCCCUCAAGUGUCAAAUUGAUUGUGUAGCUCAAUAAAGUAACUUUAAGAUGAUUUGGAAAUGAAAUUGGUCCAAAUCUGAUUUCAAACAUCAGUUUUGGUGAUCAACAUUUCUCAAAAUCUGACAAUAUUUAAUAUACAUUUUGGUUAAAACAAUUUCCUAAAGUCAUUAUAUGGAGUAAAAUUAGUGUCAAAAAGACAAGUGUGCAUAUCAGUCUCUCAUGGAUUUCAGUCUCAUGCCAUUAGAUGAUAACUGUGGCCAAACUAUUGGUCUCAAUUGCAGCAAUCAUUUAAUAGCAUGCUUAAUAGAUCAUAUAAACCCAGUAACAAGCUAUAAAAAUCUAUGUCAGUUUAUGAUGAUGACUGUUACUGACAUCUUUUGAUAUUUCCGUUAUGUCAUGCAAAUUAUUAGCCUAGGAAAACAGAGCUCUUCAGUUUGGAUUCCCAGGCUUCAGUUUGGAUUCCCAGGCUAUCAAACACAUAAUGCCUCUAUAACAUGAUCAUGACAUAAAUCAUAGUGAUAUAAAAUGAUGGCAUAAAACCUGUCAUGAUAUGUCAUUACGGUUACACAAAGUGACAUAACACUGUUACAAAGCAAGUAUGACAUGUACAUUUCACCACUUCAUAAUGCCCACUUGGCUUACAUGUCAUGGUAUACUGUAGCAGGCCCUAUGCCGUUCCUAUAGCAGGCCCUAUGCCGUUCCUAUGGCAGCCUUAUGAAGGCGCUAUGAUGCUGCGUUUACUGAUUUCCACUGCCCAUAGCUUUAAUGCAGCAACAGUUUAAAAUUUUGCACACCUUUUUUUAAACCAGUGAUGCUACAUUCUUACAUGUUAAAUAGCGCAGUUUUGAGAGAAAUUAUCGGUAGAUAUGAUAAAAUAAAUACUUUAUGACAAAACCUACAAAUAUUUUUAAUCUGAAAGGUUGUAACACUAUUCACAUAAUAUGUUCAAGUAUGUGACAUUAGAUUGAUCCUUCCUUUGGGGGAAGACAUUAAUCUACUGAUUUGGCACUGUUCGACUAUUGUACAGUGCUAUUGUACAAUAUCUUGUCAUACAGUGCCUUGCAAAAGUAUUCAUCCCCCUUGGCGUUUUUCCUAUUUUGUUGCAUUACAACCUGUAAUUUAAAUGGAUUUUUAUUUGGAUUUCAUGUAAUGGACAUUGGUGAAGUGAAAUGAAAAAAAUAACUGCUUUCAAAAGAUUCUAAAAAAUAAAUAACGGAAAAGUGGUGCGUGCAUAUGUAUUCACCCCCUUUGCUAUGAAGCCCCUAAAUAAGAUCUGGUGCAACCAAUUACCUUCACAAGUCACAUAAUUAGUUAAAUAAAGUCCACCUGUGUGCUAUCUAAGUGUCACAUGAUCUCAGUAUAUACACACCUGUUCUGAAAGGCUCCAGAGUCUGCAACACCACUAAGCAAGGGGCACCACCAAGCAAGCAGCACCAUGAAGACCAAGGAGCUCUCCAAACAGGUCAGGUACAAAGUUGUGGAGAAGUACAGAUCACGGUUGGGUUAUAAAAAAAUAUCAGAAACUUUGAACAUCCCACGGAGCACCAUUUAAAUCCAUUAUUAAUAAAUGGAAAGAAUAUGGCACCACAACCAACCUGCCAAGAGGGGGCCGCCCACCAAAACUCACGGACCAGGCAAGGAGGGCAUUAAUCAGAGAGGCAACAAAGAGACCAAAGAUAACCUUGAAGGAGCUGCAAAGCUCCACUGCGGAGAUUGGAGUAUCUGUCCAUAGGACCACUUUAAGCCGUACACUCCACAGAGCUGGGCUUUAUGGAAGAGUGGCCAGAAAAAAGCCAUUGCUUAAAGAAAAAAAUAAGCAAACAUGUUUGGUGUUUGCCAAAAGGCAUGUGAGAGACUCCCCAAACAUAUGGAAGAAGGUACUCUGGUCAGAUGAGUCUAAAAUGUAGCUUUUUGGCCAUUAAGGAAAACACUAUGUCUGGCGCAAACCCAACACCUCUCAUCAUCCCAAGAACACCAUCCCCACAGUGAAGCAUGGUGGUGGCAGCAUCAUGCUGUGGGGAUGUUUUUCAUCGGCAGGGACUGGGAAACUGGUCAGAAUUGAAGGAAUGAUGGAUGGGGCUAAAUAAAGGGAAAUUCUUGAGGGAAACCUGUUUCAGUCUUCCAGAGAUUUGAGACUGGGGCGGAGGUUCACCUUACAGCAGGACAAUGACCCUAAGCAUACUGCUAAAGCAACACUUGAGUGGUUUAAGGGGAAACAUUUAAAUGUCUUGGAAAGGCCUAGUCAAAGCCCAGACCUCAAUCCAAUUGAGAAUCUGUGGUAUGACUUAAAUAUUGCUGUACACCAGCGGAACCCAUCCAACUUGAAGGAGCUGGAGCAGUUUUGCCUUGAAGAAUGGGCAAAAAUCCCAGUGGCUAGAUGUGCCAAGCUUAUAGAGACAUACCCCAAGAGACUUGCAGCUGUAAUUGCUGCAAAAGGUGGCUCUAAAAAGGUGGCAUUGUAUUUGGGAGGUUGAAGAGUUAUGCACGCUCAAGGUUUCUGUUUUUUUUGUCUUAUUUCUUGUUUGUUUCACCCAAAAAAAGAUUUUGCAUCUUCAAAGUGGUAGGCAUGUUGUGUAAAUCAAAUGAUACAAACCCCCCCAAAAAACUAAUUUAAUUCCAGGUUGUAAGGCAACAAAAUAGAAAAAAUGCCAAGGGGGGUGAAUACUUUCGGAAGCCAUUGUAUGUGAGCAGUGGAAUAAGCUCAAAAUCGGACCGAUAUAUAGCAAUUUGUAUAGUGCUGAAAAAGUUAGCAGAUUUCCAGAAUUGUAUCAGUUGGGUCAUGCUCAUGUGUAGCCAUAGCUUAAACGGCUUUGGAACCCUGAUUUUCAGAGAGUGACAUUUUGAUUGAGUUUGCUAGCUAGCUUAUUGUAUAUACAAUGCAGAUUUCCACAGCAUUAUCACUGGUUGCUGCAUUGCAGUGUAGGGUUUUUUACUGUCAAAUUACAAUUUUAUCACAACAUGCCCUUUCACAAUUUUGAGGUACAAUAAGUGACUGCAACUAGUAUGACAAUCUUGGUAACACUUUCUAUGAAUACCCUAUUCAUAAAGCAUUUUUAACCCCUUAUGAAGUAUAGGCACUAUAGAUGUGCUUAUAAUGCGUUAUGAAGAUGGUAUUUGUAGGGAUUGGUAGCAAAAUCUUUGUAUUAUUUUUAUUUAGAAAUUCAGUAUUCAUAAAAGCAUUUUUCUAUUUUUUAAUUUUUUUUAAUGAUUGGUUGUUGGAUAAUGUUCAAUGGAUGCCAAAGGAUAAUUUUCAGAGAUCAGAGAUUUAAAAAAAAAAAGUGAUACAUGUUUUAUAUGGUUGAUAUCCCCAUAUUAUGUAGAUAAGCAGUGCUCCUCCUCUUUUCUAAUUAUGUAAAUGAAUAUGCCCACUGCUUUAUUAUGACAUCACAAUAUGGGAACUGUUGACUGAAUGAAAUCAACAUGAUUAAAGUAGCACCUUAAUUGAAUUGUUGGUUUCCCAAAAUUGAUUAUUUAAUCAGGCCGAUCUCAUGAUCCUGAAAUAGUUUUCUUGAUGCAUAAAUAAUGUAAACGUUGAACAGUUAACACAUACGAAAUGUUAUUUGAAUGCACUAUCCAGAAUGGUUAGUUUACUUGAUGACAUGAAUUUGCCUCCAUAUUUACAGUGAGGGAAAAAAGUAUUUGAUCCCCUGCUGAUUUUGUACGUUUGCCCACUGACAAAGUAAUGAUCAGUCUAUAAUUUUAAUGGUAGGUUUAUUUGAACAGUGAGAGACAGAAUAACAACAAAAAAUUUCAGAAAAACGCAUGUAAGAAAUGUUAUAAAUUGAUUUGCAUUUUAAUGAGGGAAAUAAGUAUUUGACCCCCUCUCAAUCAGAAAGGUUUCUGGCUCCCAGGUGUCUUUUAUACAGGUAACAAGCUGAGAUUAGGAGCACACUCUUAAAGGGAAUGCUCCUAAUCUCAGCUUGUUACCUGUAUAAAAGACACCUGUCCACAGAGGCAAUCAAUCAAUCAGAUUCCAAACUCUCCACCAUGGCCAAGACCAAAGAGCUCUCCAAGGAUGUCAGGGACAAGAUUGUAGACCUACACAAGGCUGGAAUGGGCUACAAGACCAUCGCCAAGCAGCUUGGUGAGAAGGUGACAACAGUUGGUGCGAUUAUUCGCAAAUGGAAGAAACACAAAAUAACUGUCAGUCUCCCUCGGCCUGGGGCUCCAUGCAAGAUCUCACCUCGUGGAGUUGCAAUGAUCAUGAGAACGGUGAGGAAUCAGCCCAGAACUACACGGGAGGAUCUUGUCAAUGAUCUCAAGGCAGCUGGGACCAUAGUCACCAAGAAAACAAUUGGUAACACACUACGCCGUGAAGGACUGAAAUCCUGCAGCGCCUGCAAGAUGUGUGCAAACCUGGUGGCCAACUACAAGAAACGUCUGACCUCUGUGAUUGCCAACAAGGGUUUUGCCAGUCAUGUUUUGCAGAGGGGUCAAAUACUUAUUUCCCUCAUUAAAAUGCAAAUCAAUUAAUAACAUUUUUGAAUUUUUUUUGUUGUUAUUCUGUCUCUCACUGUUCAAAUAAACCUACCAUUAAAAUUAUAGACUGAUCAUCUCUUUGUCAGUGGGCAAACGUACAAAAUCAGCAGGGGAUCAAAUACUUUUCCCCUCACUGUAUCAGUUUCUAUUUAGAUCCUGGAUUUGAGUGGAAAUGGUAUAUUCUUCUCCUGAAGGUACAAUACAGCAACAAUGUACAUUAAUUAAGAGGUUGCUAUGAGUAAAAACUCCCUAUUUCUAGCAUGCAUUUGCAAUUUCAAUUAUUUCCAAAUGUUCUUCCCUGCCCGUUUGUAAUAAGUGGAGCAAAUAAUACAGUCUAAUCUCCUAAUCUCUCAGUCCUAGUGCGGAAUCAAGCUUCUUGUUGCUGCAGUCCUUUUCCUCUUCAGUCAAUUCCACUAAUUACUGUACCUAACUACAUUUAAGGGAUUCCCAUCAUUUUUACUUAUCAUGCCUCCUCUUCACAAUGCAGAUCUGGAAAUACCCAACAGUCCUGCAUUGUACCUUCAGAGAGGUUGUGUAAUACAUGACAAGAUACCCAACUGAAUAUCACCACUGCCCUCUGGUUCUUUUACAUCAUAUUGUAUUUCAGUUCCUAAUAAGCCUGUGUUUGUUCAUUCCCCCCCCCCCACACACUAUUUAACCAGCUUUAAUGUAUUGUAUUUUCCUCCUCUCCACCUCCUUUGCAGCAAUGGAGGGGUUAAUCAGUAAGAAAACAUCCCAUGUCUGCUAGGGGGAUGGCCACCAGAUCAAAGCAAAUAGCAACGACUGUUUAUAUGAUAGAAGCAAAAGAAUGCAUGCCCAACUCUAAGACCCAUUCCAUGAGCACAGUAGUGGGCGGGUCCCAUCAUUUCCGUAAUAGCCCACUCCAACUCCUAGCAAGCAGCCCAAAAGCCAUGCACUCAACUCAAAAUGGCUGCCGCUGUUGCAUUCUAACCUGCAUGAAGGAAGCCGUCCAAUCUCACGGAGUCAGUCAGUCUUAGGCGCCCACUAUGGGCCCUUAAACACAGCACUACAGAACAGUGACACUUGUUCCCCUCCCUCCCCUUAAAAUGGAAGCCAUGUUGGGGAAGAUGUGUUGCAGUUUCAUGGCUCUGUAGUUUGGUUGGCAUUAGGAGCACAAUGUUUUUAGCUGUUGGAGUGAAACUGGGAUAGGUCAAUGCUGUGGCCCAAAAAUAUUGACACCUUCAUAAGGCAAGUUCAAGCUCAAUUUUUUUUGUCAAUACAGACAUCUGCUUUAUAUUUAUUGAGUUCCAAGUUCACACAGACGUACAGUACUUGAUUAUAGUAGAUAGUCAUACUAGAUACUCAUACAAGAUACAUACUACAUAGAUACACAGAACCACAGAAAAACAAAGCCACUGGCACACCAUAAAAACAUUAUGGUCUUAAAAAGAGAGAAAUCUACUGUAUACCCUUUCAAAUACAACACCAACAUUGAAAUAUAUAGGAAGAUAUUUUCUCAGCCCUUUCACCAGUGCAGUCUGAACCUCCCACUGAUGCAAAUUACCAACUUGAGUCUGACCUUUUAGAGCCCCAAAAUAGAAAACCAAUCCAUUACAAUAAUUGAAAGUGAAAUGUGUGACUGCACAAGCCAAUAUCCACACUCCUCUGCUCCUGCCUUCCAGUCAAACGGACAGUAAGUGCAGUGACUCAGCCUCACAUAGAAAAGUUUGAUACAGAAAGGAGUAUCAGAAAUGUUUGAUGCUAAAUAUAAUGAAUGAUAUACAGUACGGCCGGUUUACACUGGUAUACUGUUGCACUGUUUCCACUAUUAAUUUAGUUCAAGAUAUAGAAAGAUAAUUUGAUCACAGAGUUAGCUGUCCUGCUAUAGCUUGUUUAUAGCUGCUUAUUGAGCAUCCAUGUUUUGUACUGUAGAUAUUUUUGGGCCACCCCACCCCCCCUCUUUUCCUUUACCUUGUCCUGCAUUGGCCAAUGAGAUGAACCGACACUGCCAUUAACCUGCCCUCGAUUUGACCCGGCUCCCAAUCCCACACUGUAACCCUGGGCUGUGCAAGUUAAUGGCCGUGCCUCGCCUUCGCUUGGUUCCAUGCAGACUGACAUCAUAAAAGAUGGAAUGAGAGUGCAGAUGACAGCUCAGCCUUUCCAUCCACCCCGACAGCUCAGCCUUUCCAUCCACCCCAACCCACAGGAACACGCUAACACAGGAGCUCUCAUGUGCUUGUUGUGUUUCGUAGAAGCCAGCCUCCCUGGUGAGGACAUAGCGGACGACAAUAAGAGCUGCCACUGUGAGUUUGUCCCUCAGGACUUAACUCCCGGACUCAAGGUCUCCAUCAGGGCCAUUUGGUAAGCCAAGACAAGUGUUGUCUUUCAGAGUGGGUCUGGCUCAGUUCUAGUGUUGCAAAAUGUCUAACUUUCCCAAAAUUCCCAGGGUUUCCAGAAAUCCUGAUUGGUGGAUUCCAUAUUUCCUGCUUACUCACUCCUGAUUCUGGGACUCUUUCAACUGGUAUUUCUGGAAACCCUGGGAAUUUUGGGAAAGAUACAGAAAUUACUGUAAUUUUGCAAUCCUAGUCAGGUCACAAUCUCAAUCUGUAUUUUUUUUAAAAUCUGUAUUAUUUUUCAGUCCUGCACUAGUAUACUCAAUCUGGGGAAAUCGGUUUACACUGUUAUACAGACAUGUAUAAAGUUGAUUAAGAAUUCUCAUGCCCCACAUAAUUCCCCCCAACGCUAGUAGAAUGACCAUACAUCUAUGAAAUGUCCCCUUGAGGUUGUGUUCAUAUCUGAAACAUCUCUCUCUCCUCAGCAUUAUGAGGUUCAUGGUCUCCAAGAGGAAGUUCAAAGAGAGCCUGCGGCCAUACGACGUGAUGGAUGUCAUAGAGCAGUAUUCAGCCGGCCACUUAGACAUGCUGGCCCGCAUCAAAAACCUCCAGUCCAGGCAAGAUACCCUCCCUCUCUCUUUCUAUCUCGCUCUUAGUCUCUCUCUCUGAAACCAGUCUUUUGCCACUCUUUUAGAUCCCUGGGUACAGCACUCAAUAAGAACGUUAGGUUACAGUUACACUGCAUGCCUUGUUGUGUCCUCCUGUUUUUAAUGUCCAUAAUGUCUGUUUUCUCUAGUGAUGUCUGUCCUCUGUAGUGAUGUCUGUUCUCUGUAGUGAUGUCUGUUCUCUCUAGUGAUGUCUGUACUCUGUAGUGAUGUCUGUUCUCUCUAGUGAUGUCUGUACUCUGUAGUGAUGUCUGUUCUCUCUAGUGAUGUCUGUUCUCUCUAGUGAUGAAUGUUCUCUGUAGUGAUGUCUGUUCUCUAUUGUUAAUCUCCCGAGUGGCGCAGUGGUGUAAGGCACUGCAUCGCAGUGCUAGCUGUGCCACUAGAGAUCCUGGUUCGAAUCCAGGCUCUGUCGUAGCCGGCCGCGACCGGGAGACCCAUGGGGCGGCGCACAAUUGGCCUAGCGUCGUCCACGGUAGGGGAUGGAAUGGCCGGCAGGGAUGUAGCUCAGUUGGUAGAGCAUGGCGUUUGCAACGCCAGGGUUGUGGGUUUGAUUCCCACGGGGGGCCAGUAUGAAAAAUACAAAAAAGAAUGUAUGCACUCACUAACUGUAAGUCGCUCUGGAUAAGAGCGUCUGCUAAAUGACUAAAAUGUAAAUGUAAUGUAUUUUCCCUGUAGUGAUGUCUGUUCUCUGUAGUGAUGUCUGUUCUCUCUAGUGAUGUCUGUUCUCUCUAGUGAUGUCUGUUCUCUCUAGUGAUGUCUGUUCUCUCUAGUGAUGUCUGUUCUCUGUAGUGAUGUCUGUUCUCUGUAGUGAUGUUUGUUCUCUCUAGUGAUGUCUGUUCUCUCUAGUGAUGUCUGUUCUCUCUAGUGAUGUCUGUUCUCUCUAGUGAUGUCUGUUCUCUGUAGUGAUGACUGUUCUCUGUAGUGAUGUCUGUUCUCUGUAGUGAUGUCUGUCAUCUGUAGUGAUGUCUGUCCUCUCUAGUGAUGUCUGUUCUCUCUAGUGAUAUCUGUUCUCUGUAGUGAUGUCUGUUCUCUGUAGUGAUGUCUGUUCUCUGUAGUGAUGUCUGUUCUCUGUAGUGAUGUCUGUUCCCUGUAGUGAUGUCUGUCCUCUGUAGUGAUGUCUGUCCUCUGUAGUAAUGUCUGUUCUCUGUAGUGAUGUCUGUCCUCUGUAGUGAUGUCUGUCCUCUGUAGUGAUGUCUGUACUCUGUAGUGAUGUCUGUACUCUGUAGUGAUGUCUGUUCUCUCUAGUGAUGUCUGUUCUCUUUAGUGAUGUCUGUUCUCUCUAGUGAUGUCUGUUCUCUGUAGUGAUGUCUGUUCUCUGUAGUGAUGUUUGUUCUCUCUAGUGAUGUCUGUUCUCUCUAGUGAUGUCUGUUCUCUCUAGUGAUGUCUGUUCUCUCUAGUGAUGUCUGUUCUCUGUAGUGAUGACUGUUCUCUGUAGUGAUGUCUGUUCUCUGUAGUGAUGUCUGUCAUCUGUAGUGAUGUCUGUCCUCUCUAGUGAUGUCUGUUCUCUCUAGUGAUAUCUGUUCUCUGUAGUGAUGUCUGUUCUCUGUAGUGAUGUCUGUUCUCUGUAGUGAUGUCUAUUCUCUGUAGUGAUGUCUGUUCUCUGUAGUGAUGUCUAUUCUCUGUAGUGAUGUCUGUUCUCUGUAGUGAUGUCUGUUCCCUGUAGUGAUGUCUGUCCUCUGUAGUGAUGUCUGUCCUCUGUAGUGAUGUCUGUCCUCUGUAGUGAUGUCUGUCCUCUGUAGUAAUGUCUGUUCUCUGUAGUGAUGUCUGUCCUCUGUAGUGAUGUCUGUCCUCUGUAGUGAUGUCUGUACUCUGUAGUGAUGUCUGUUCCCUGUAGUGAUGUCUAUUCUCUGUAGUGAUGUCUGUUCUCUGUAGUGAUGUCUGUUCCCUGUAGUGAUGUCUGUCCUCUGUAGUGAUGUCUGUCCUCUGUAGUGAUGUCUGUCCUCUGUAGUGAUGUCUGUCCUCUGUAGUAAUGUCUGUUCUCUGUAGUGAUGUCUGUCCUCUGUAGUGAUGUCUGUCCUCUGUAGUGAUGUCUGUACUCUGUAGUGAUGUCUGUUCCCUUUAGUGAUGUCUGUCCACUGUAGUGAUGUCUGUCCCUUUUAGUGAUGUCUGUCCUCUGAAGUGAUGUCUGUUCUCUCUAGUGAUGUGUUCACACACCAUUCACCUGUGUGUCACUCCGCAAUGUAGGAGAUUAGAGUACGCUGUCAAAUAAUGUUGCCUUCUGCCAGGGAGGCCAUCUUGUUCGGUAGUGUUUGCAAAGGUAUCCACCUACACUCAUAUCUAUUGUUACCUUUAUUUAACCAGGUAGGUUACUGAGAACACAUUACAAUACCAACCUGACUAAUCUAGGGUUACCUUUAUUUAACCAGGUAGGUUACUGAGAACACAUUACAAUACCAACCUGACUAAUCUAGGGUUACCUUUAUUUAACCAGGUAGGUUACAGAGAACACAUUUCAGGAAUCAGAGGAUGAUCGACAAUUCAUGAUAUUCCCGAGUCCCACCAACAUCACGGUAUAGGCUACUGUACCCCAAUAAUGACAAGAGAAGAUAGCGGAUUCAGUGAAUCAGUCAAGUGUGAGUUUUAGUUCACGAAAGGGAAGUUGUUAAUGGUAAGUGUCUGUUAUAGAUAACAUAAGGUCAUAUCCUAAGCAUUCAGCAUUCAGUCUCAUCUCAGGGGCAACGUUAUCGAAUAAGUACAACAUAUGUUGUGAGUUUACUAAUGGUACCACAUGUAUGUAAAUAUAUUCCUACUUAGAAUAUUAUUUUUUUAUAUCAAAAUUACCUCACUAUUCUUUGAAAUGAUGGCUUCACUGUCAUAUCAUACAGCUAUAGUCUGUGAUUAUUUUACCAAAUGAAAAACAUCCAUUUGGAAAAUUUGUUUUGGAAAAUACGUUUGGAAUAUAUUUUCACUUAUUUGUCCUUGUCUUUUGUCUCCUGGUUCUGUUGUUUUGGUUUCGUUAAUUUCAUGUGCGCUCGUCGGACUGGUCCGUGUUGCGCCGUCAUCCUGCAUUGUGGAUGUGUCUUCUCUAUUCACUCUGCCAGGAUAGAUAUGAUUGUUGGUCCCCAUGGACCUUCAACUCCCCGCCUUAAGAAGUAUUCAUCUGAUGGACCCAAAGAGUCACCCAAAUACUCUCCUAGGUUAGCCCUCACCAGACUGCCUCUCUCUCAUCAAGAGCUUCUUAUGAGUUCCUUAUCUAUUCUGUUGACAAGCAGCGGAAACCUUUUUUUGGCUCGGCCUACUGUAUGUGACAGCAUGUGACUAGCGGUGUCUAUAAAGCGGUGUGAUGCAGUGACUUGAUCAAAGUGGCAAACAUCUUGCUGCAAGCAGCAAUUAAUGAGUUAUUCUCAGUAAAUAACUACUCAAACUCAUUGAGUCAUAUUAUCUCUUUGAGUGCUGAUCAGCUGAAUACAUAGUGUAUAACGUGUGCCAUUUUUCUAUUCUCAUUUUUCUUGCACUAUACUGCAUAGAUUUUACUAGAGAAUUAACAAAAGUAGAAUGACAGAAAAUAAGACUAACUUGGUUUAUCCAAUAGUUAAGAAUAUGGUAAAUGUUCCCGUAGGACAUAGGAGAAGCUCAUAUAGGUAAGUAGUCAAGUCAAGUAGCCGAACAAAAAAGGGUUGAGCUGAAUCGCCUGCAAUGCAUUGACAAUGAAGAGCUUAUACAUAAAAAUAGCGAAAUUCAGCUACUGCCAAUGACCUAUGAGGCGACUAUGAACAAUAUAGUAUGUUCUUCGGUUUUGGAUGCAUGUUGGCAUGAGGCAUAUUGAAGCAUGCCACGUGAUGCACAAUGUCCAUUUCAGAAGUUUGCAUAGUUUUCUAAUCUUGCCCACUUGGGACGGUUGGGAAAUUGGUAAACAUGUUUUACCUGACUAUGAAGCAGUUCUGUGAAUACUAUUAUUCUACAGAGGAUUUUUCUCUCUUAUUCAGAUGUUUAAAAUGGUAGUUCAUUGCUAACCCUCUUACAGAUGUAGGAUCUUAAUUUGAGCCAGUUUGCUACAGCAGGAAAAUAAUCCUGCAGCAACAGGAAAUGUAUUUAGACAUUUUUGUAGGGAUUGAUACAUUUUUCCUAAGGGAAAAUCAAGUCUGACAUUUCAAAGUGGAAAUUACAAACUUCACAAGCCUUUUUAAACCUCAAAACAAUACAAGUUUUAAAUAUCCUGCAUUGCAGAAACGUUAUCCUGCAACAGGGUGAUCAAAUUAAGAUCCUACAUCUGUAUAAGUAGGCCUCAGUCAGUGUUCAAUAUAGGGUAGAUGUUGUGGAUGGUUUUUAGAAGGUUCAUGGUACUUUAGGGCAAUAAGUAUAGCUGAUCCAAUAUGUCCAAGCAAUUUUUUCAGUGACACUUUAGUUGAAUCAACCUCCCAUUGAAGUGUACACAUUUGAUUAACACUUCACUCAAAGUUUUCAUAAUGCCUACAGAACCUUUCAUAAUGCCAACAGAACCUUUCAUAAUGCCAACAGAACCUUUCAUAAUGCCUUGCCUACAGAACCUUUAAUAAUGCCAACAGAACCUUUAAUAAUGCCAACAGAACCUUUAAUAAUGCCAACAGAACCUUUAAUAAUGCCAACAGAACCUUUAAUAAUGCCAACAGAACCUUUAAUAAUACCUACAGAACCUUUCAUAACGCCAACAGAACCUUUCAUAAUGCCAACAGAACGUUUCAUAAUGCCAACAGAACCUUUCAUAAUGCCUACAGAACCUUUCAUAAUGCCUACAGAACCUUUAAUAAUGCCAACAGAACCUUUAAUAAUGCCAACAGAACCUUUAAUAAUACCUACAGAACCUUUCAUAAUGCCAACAGAACCUUUCAUAAUGCCUACAGAACCUUUAAUAAUGCCUACAGAACCUUUAAUAAUGCCUACAGAACCUUUAAUAAUGCCUACAGAACCUUUCAUAAUGCCUACAGAACCUUUCAUAAUGCCAACAGAACCUUUCAUAAUAAUAAUAAUAAUAAUAUGCCAUUUAGCAGACGCUUUUAUCCAAAGCGACUUACAGUCAUGCGUGCAUACAUUUUUGUGUAUGGGUGGUCCCGGGGAUCGAACCCACUACCUUGGCUUUACAAGCGCCGUGCUCUACCAGCUGAGCUACAGAGGACCACAUAACCUUUAAUAAUGCCUACAGAACCUUUAAUAAUGCCUACAGAACCUUUAAUAAUACCUACAGAACCUUUCAUAAUGCCUACCGAACCUUUAAUACUGCCUACAGAACCUUUAAUACUGCCUACAGAACCAUUAAUGCCUACAGAACCUUUAAUGCCUACAUAACCUUUAAUAAUGCCAACAGAACCUUUAAUAAUGCCUACAGAACCUUUCAUAAUGCCUACAGAACCUUUCAUAAUGCCUACAGAACCUUUAAUAAUGCCUACGGAACCUUUAAUAAUUCCUACGGAACCUUUCAUAAUGCCUACAGAACCUUUCAUAAUGCCUACGGAACCUUUCAUAAUGCCAACAGAACCUUUAAUAAUGACUACAGAACCUUUCAUAAUGCCUUCAGAACAUUUCAUAAUGCCUACAGAACCUUUAAUAAUGCCUACAGAACCUUUAAUAAUGCCUACAGAACCUUUCAUAAUGCCUACAGAACCUUUAAUAAUGCCUACGGAACCUUUAAUAAUGCCUACAGAACCUUUAAUAAUGCCAACAUAACCUUUAAUAAUGCCAACAGAACCUUUAAUAAUACCUACAGAACCUUUAAUAAUGCCAACAGAACCUUUCAUAAUGCCUACAGAACCUUUAAUAAUGCCUACAGAACCUUUCAUAAUGCCUACAGAACCUUUAAUAAUGCCUACAGAACCUUUCAUAAUGCCAACAGAACCUUUAAUAAUGCCUACAGAACCUUUAAUAAUACCUACAGAACCUUUCAUAAUGCCUACAGAACCUUUAAAACUGCCUACAGAACCUUUAAUACUGCCUACAGAACCUUUCAUAAUGCCUACAGAACAUUUAAUGCCUACAUAACCUUUAAUAAUGCCAACAGAACCUUUAAUGCCUACAGAACCUUUCAUAAUGCCUACAGAACCUUUAAUAAUGCCUACGGAACCUUUAAUAAUUCCUACGGAACCUUUCAUAAUGCCUACAGAACCUUUCAUAAUGCCUACAGAACCUUUCAUAAUACCAACAGAACCUUUAAUAAUGACUACAUAACCUUUCAUAAUGCCUACAGAACCUUUAAUACUGCCUACGGAACCUUUAAUGCCUACAGAACCUUUCAUAAUGCCUACAGAACCUUUAAUGCCUACAUAACCUUUAAUAAUGCCAACAGAACCUUUAAUAAUGCCUACAGAACCUUUCAUAAUGCCUACAGAACCUUUCAUAAUUCCUACGGAACAUUUCAUAAUGCCUACAGAACCUUUCAUAAUGCUUACAGAACCUUUCAUAAUGCCAACAGAACCUUUAAUAAUGACUACAGAACCUUUCAUAAUGCCUACAGAACCUUUAAUAAUGCCUACAGAACCUUUCAUAAUGCCUAUAUAACCUUUAAUAAUGCCUACAGAACCUUUAAUAAUGCCUACAGAACCUUUCAUAAUGCCUACAGAACCUUUCAUAAUGACUACAGAACCUUUAAUAAUGCCUACAGAACCUUUAAUAAUGCCUACGGAACCUUUAAUAAUUCCUACGGAACCUUUCAUAAUUCCUACAUAACCUUUCAUAAUUCCUACAGAACCUUUCAAUAUACCUACCGAACCUUUGUCACAGCAGUCAUAGAACCCAUGUCAUGACAACUUGCCUUACACUUUUGACAACUGGCUUAACAAUGUUAUGAAGCAGACCAUGUAUGACAACCUACCAUCAAUAGCAACUUCAUAGGGUUGUUAAGACCUUUGUUAUAACCUGUCAACUUGAAGUAACUUGUUGCUGUAUUGUCUUGCUGGGGUUCAAGAGCCCAUGAAUGGCACUGAUGAGUAGUUGAAAUAAAAGAUAAGAAAAAACCCUCUAACCCUGCAUCCUCUAAGGCCCUACCUAUGUCCGAACCCCCCCCAUCUCUCCGUUGUCUGAACAUAUGCCAUGUCAUCCCAUGCAUGAGCCCGUCUGACUCCCACUGUGCUCAGCGCUAGGCAGGCGAGAGCUGUACCCGAGUGUAUGGCACUCUCCUUUCAACACCUGUACUCCUCUAUCAGAUAGUGUCAGGUUAUACACUUCCACUUGUUGUACUGUGGACCUGAGUUUCAGGUCAAUUAUUAUUUUAAAGUAGAAUAUAGUACUGUACGUUUAUUUUUAUUUUUUUUAAGGUGAUAUAAGGUGCCGGCUGUGUCAAUUUUAAGCUCAAUUUCAAGUAGGUUUUCUUCAACUCUAUUGGCUUGAACCUAGAUGUCACCUGUUUGUGUUUUGAAUUGGUAGAGUUGACCAGAUUGUUGGUCGAGGUACUCCGAUCACAGAUAAAGACCGUCCCAAAGGAACCACUGACGGUGGGGUUGAAGAGGACCCAAGCAUGAUGGGGCGCCUAGGGAAAAUGGAAAAACAGGUAAGGUAUACCGUUAUCUGGUGACGUCAGUAUUCAUUGUAUACCUUUGUUUCACUUGGGCUUUCCAACUGUCCAUCACACCAUGGUGUCUUCCCUUCUGAGCAGAUCAUGUCAAUGGAAAGGAAGCUGGACUUCUUGGUGAACAUCUACAUCCAGCGCAUGGGCAUCCCCCAGUCGGAGACAGACGCCUACUUUGGGUCCAAGGAGCCCGAACCGGCACCGCCCUACCACAGCCCUGUGGACCACAUGGAGAAGAGUGGCUCCAUCACCAAGAUCAUCCGAUCCAACAGCUCUACCGGACAGAAGAACUUCGACCCACCGCCAGCCUGCUCCAGUCUGGGGGUCCACUGCCCACCCUCCACCUCCUGGCAGCAGCACACCGUCAGCGAGUUCCACCAUCGCAGCCAGGGCAACUCGCCCUCUCCUGUAGGUGAUCCCUCCUUAGUCCGUAUCCCUCCUCCACCGGCCCACGAGCGCUCCUCUGGAAGCCACAACGGGAGCAAUCGGGGAUCCCACCGGAACAGCGGUGGUGGUGGAGGUGGAGGUGACGGCAGUGGCGAGGGGGAGAGAGUGGGCAAGCCAGACAGCGACACGUCCAUCUCUAUCCCUUCGGUGGACCACGAGGAGCUGGAGCGCUCCUUCAGCGGCUUCAGCAUCUCCCAGUCCAAGGAGAACCUGGACUUCCUGAACAACAGCUAUUUCAGUGGCGUGGCCCGCUGCGCCAAGGUAAGGCCCUACAUCGCAGAAGGUGAAUCCGAUACUGACUCGGACCUCUGUGCCCCCUCACCCAACUCGGCCACCGGUGAAGGUGCUUACGGGGACCGAGGGUGGUCAGGAUCCAAGUAG